GCAGCUCAGUGGUUUUUUUUCCACUGAAGAUGUUCCUUAACUAUAGUAUAAGAAAUAAUUGUUAAAUAGGUUUGCCAACACCAUGGAAAGUCCCCGAAUUUGAAACUCUUCUCUUCUGCAUUCUCAUUUAAGCCUUCUGCUUUCCAUCCCAUGGAUUUCAGUAGUCAGUAACAUAUGAUGAUGAACAGCCAUAGAGUUAAUUGCUUAUGACAAUCAAGAGGGGAACUUCAGAAAAAAUUGCUGCCACACUAAAAUAGCAAGUUGCUUAAGUUCACAAUGAAAUCCUAAACUGUAAGAAACAGAUUCAUGUUUCUUUAUACCAAGACCUCAAUUCAGCUGAAAAUAGUCAAGAUGAAGGACUUUUCCACACAGUAGAUUAUUGUGGAGCUAGUACUGUUCAUCAGAAAUUCUGAGUAAAUGUGCUUAGGUUAUUCUGGAAAACCUAUGCAUACUUAGCAGUUAACACAGUGGGAUAAACUAAAUAAACUCUUUAGCAUUUGUUAGUAACUGGGAUAACCAGAAAAUGCACAGGAUUAACUAUAUUCCAUGUAUACACCCCUUCUUCUUAUACUCCACCGACCUGAACUCAGACUUUUUAAAAAUAAAAACACAUUUUUAUUUUCUCUACACAGCACUUUUCCCUCACUUUACCCCAGUACCUUCUCCUUCCAGGAUCACAAGGUCAUGUCAAAUUAUCUGGGAAAAUAUCCUCUAUUGAUUUUAAAUGUUUUUAAGCCAGCUUUGCCUUAAAACAAUGCUCAGGACAUAUAGCACAAUAAGGUUACUUCACAUUUGUAUAAGACUUAAAGCUAAAUUCAUAAUGUCAGUUGCAUCAGAUGAGUUAACUUGACCUUUUCUGAAAAUAUAUUCAAACUACAGUGACACUUAAUAUAAUUACAAUCCUAUUUACACGUAUUCAGCAGUAAGCCCCACUGAACACAGGGCUUACUUUUGAGUAAAUAUGAAAAAGGUUGCACUGUAUGCCUACUGCAUAUUUCAAAGUGGCAGACUAAUAAUAGGAACAGUUUGAACUAUUUUUUUGAGUGCCGAGGAAACUGAGUGUGUAAUGAUACUGUAACAAUGAGACAUGCUCCAGGAUUACAAUUUGUGGGGGAGGUGGUCAGUUACUAUUUACAGGUUAUCCAGAAUUGUUAAUUUGUUUUUGAACAAACAGAAAGCAAGUGUUAGGGCUUGCCACACAUUAAGGUAUCCCCUGCAUGCGAAGACAGACUCCAGCAGAUUGAGUGAACACCAAUAGUGGAUCCAAUAGUUAAGAAGGGGACUUCUACAUGUGCUAUUUAGGGAAAUGAGGGGGGCAGAUGGGGCUAGUCAACAUGGGAAGGUAGCCCCAUAUAGGAGAAGAAAAACUGCGAUCCUAAACCUCCACUGCCUUGUGGUCAUACUCAUUUGUGAGAAAGGCUUCAGGAGUAAACUCUGAGGAACCAUCUGUACUCACUGCCUUGUGGGACAUCUUCAAGAGAAGAAGUCUAAGGAGUAAAUCCUAUACAAAUCCAAAGUGGAGUCUGUAAGGCGGUUGGAAUGUGCCUUGUUUGCCUCCUUCAGCAACUCCUGCUGCCAAGCUUGUGUCAAAUGUAUUGCUCUGCUUUCCUUUGGACCACAUCAGGGAGGUAUGGGGGGGCAGGGUCUUAUAUCAUCUGGGCAGCCCAUGUUCUCCAUACACACUGCCUUGGUACUUCGAUGCUGCUUAUGCAGCAAAAGCAAUGCGGGAGGCAGCAGUUAUGAAAGCUGCAGCAGGUGAAUGUCAUUCUCCAACGGUUUAGACGAAGCCAUCCCGGGACAGACAAGAUGCCAACCAACCAGGGUACAGGUCGUUUUAGGGCCAGACCAGAUGGAGUGCCAUUCAUGCAAUUGCUAACGGCGUUUUGCUUCCUAGACAUUUGUUAGCGGCUUUAAAAAAAUGGAAUUAGAAGAUCCGGAUCGAGACUUUGUUGUUGUUGUUUUUCAAAUUUUUAAAAUUGAUUUCCCAAAAUUUUUAAACAAACAAACAUAGAUCUUAACCUUGCUUAAUCCAAUCUUAGUAACAUUAAGUGACUUCCUCAAAUCCGCCUGGCUGAAUUUCAGUGUAUAUCAUUGUAACAGUUUUCCAAAACAGAUUUCUCAUAAAACUAACUUAAUCACUUAACAUCUUUUUUUCUUGUCAUUUUAACUUUAAACAUACUAUUCUAUAACAUCCAGAUCGAGACUUUGGUGGAGAGGAAGGUAGGGAUACUUUUUAGCUAACUUUCUUCUCCAAGGCUUUAUUUCCUAACAGCAGAGCCGCGCUUCUUCCCCAGUUUGCCACGUCCAUCCCUUGGCUGCUCCCAGUUUCCUCACAUCCUGCUCCCACAUCCUCACUGGACCCUUUCACAGCUGAAGCCUUGGCUCCAGGAUCCUCCCUGCGGGAACAGAACACACCGGCUCCUCUACCACACCCAGCCCGACACACACACUCUUUUCCCCCAACACACGCCGCCCUUCCUCACGGUCAUGACGAAUACGUGACAACAACCACACCCCGCCAUGGACUAGACGGUUCUACCGCGCCUGCGCUCCUUCCUCCCUUAAGUCGACGUUUCUUCCCGAGCCUGCGCCUGCGCACGAGCGGGCGGCUCCGGCUUCCGCGUCUUUUUCCUCGCGGAGGCACGCAGCCUCAACCGCGCAUGCUCUGAACCUUAUCCUCUCCCUCCCUCCCUCGCUCGCUCACAGUCCUAGCGCACGCGUACGUAACGAUGCCUAAUGGGGGGAAAGGAGGGAGCUCGCGGGUUGCUGGGUGAACCGGGCGACGUCAUGGCCGGUCCCGCUCUCGCGAUGGUUCGAUUCGCAGGAGAGGGUCGGCCCGCUAUUGUAGGCUGAGGGAGAGAGAGAGAGAACUCUGCGAGGGCCAGUAAGAAGCCGGUUUUGAGGGAGGAAGUCCGCGCGCGAGAGGGGCUCCUCCGCCCGCCCCCUGAGGUCGCGAGCGGACGUUGCCUCUGCCCGAGAAGGGGAGGAGCCUCGGAGGAAGACCCCGCCCCCCACUAUGUGCCACCGCCGCCGCCGCCCCCUGCGGGACUAGCCGCGGCCGAGCGGCUCCGGGUGCCUCAGCUGCCCUGCCCGUUGGCGGAGAGCGUCGGCUCCGAAAGCGGGAGCCUCGCCGUUAUGAACCUGCACCAGGUGCUGACGGGGGCUGUCAACCCCGGGGACAACUGCUUCUCCGUGGGGAACGUCGGCGGGCAUCCCUUCACGGUGAGUCUCCUUCCUCCUCAGCUCCGGUGCCACCGCGACAAGAGGGUUCCCCCCCCCCUCAGGCCGCCUCCGACGGCGCACCUUCCCUGGGCAGCGCUCGGCCUCCCUCAGCCGGCAGGCGAAGAGGGCGCGCGGGCGGGCAGUUUGCGUCAGGGACGGUGGCACCGGUGCGGGUGGGACGCUCGGCAGGUGCCUUGUUGAAGCACGCCCGAGAUUCGCCGGUUCGACCGGAGCCGAGCCUGUAUGGGCGUCGGGAGCUGAGCGAGCACGAGACCGGGCCCUUUCUUUGCCAUGACGGGGCAGAUCAAUUCCCUUUAUUUCGCUUCCCGCUGCAAGCAUUUUUGCCACUUCUCUACAUUCCCCCCCCCCCCCCAAUAAUGCGCACUCCUCAUCUGAGCUGUGGUUAGUUUCCGAAGUGCUUGGGCGUAAGGUGAGUCCGGUUGCAUUAAUGCCACAGAGGCAUUCUCCACAUACUCAGAGGUAUCUCCCUUUAUUAUUAUUAUUCAUUUGUAUUGUUGUUAUUAUAGCUGCGCUUGCUUUAGAGCCCGACGGUUCAAGACGUGUUCCGGGAGGAAGAAUUCUUCUUUUCUUUUUAAGGGAUAUCAAGGACAAGUGGCCAAGAGAUAGGGUUAGGCUCCUAUAUGGCACUUGUGGGCCCCAGGAAACAUCUGGAUUGUCUUGUUUCUGAGGCUGUUAUUGAUCAGCCUGCCUGUUAUGUAACUAACAGCUGUGCUUUCCAAUCGAAAACAACUGGAAGUGACAUUUGAGUGUGGUGUUUAUAUAUUCGGUUUUGAGGUUUGAAAUGCAGUACUCCCAUUCUUGUGCGCUUGUGACAAAAUGUGUGUGAUUGGGCAAUCAAGAAAAAGGGUCAUGCUAGAAACAACUUUUGGGCAUAUACAGUUCCUUAUGGCUUAAUUAUUAGUACUAUUUUGUGGUCAUCACCUGAGUCUCUUCUUGGUGUUCCCUCUCUGAAAGAGUCCCAGAGGGUGGCCUUUUCUGUGUUGGCUCCCUGUUUGUGGAAUACUCUCCCCAGAGAGGCUCACCUGACACCUUCAUACAUAUGAAAUGUUUCUCUAUAACCAGACUUUGGCUGAUUAAACAUUAUAUGGCCUAUUAAAUGUGUUUGUGGGAGAGGAGUUAUUGGUUUGCUUUUGUAUUUGUGCUCUCAUUUUGUAUUUUAAAGUUGACUUGCUUUUGCAGUUGAUUAGAAUUGAUUGUAAGCCACAAUUCCUGCUUAAUACAUAAUGUCAAGUCAGAAAUUGGAGAUGGAGAAACUGAAACAUGGUUAAUUCCUCCUUUUAGCUGUGUGGGAAAAGGAAUGUGGACUGCUUGAGUCCAAGGUGUUGCAUGGGCUCCCAGUGCAACAGUAAACUGUGGUGUAAACUGACUCAGCCCAGGGUAAAACUGCUGUUUGAAAACUGGUCUGUGGUCACCCAGAAUCAUUUUUUGGUACAUUUCAACCUCCCUCGGGAAACCCUUAGUAUAAAUACAGUUUGAUCUUACUACUUUCCUUAGGGAUUAGCAUUGCAUGUAUAUAUUCUUUGAACUCCUGGAUGACAGGUGGUUCCGAACAUAAACUACAAACAAGAACACAACAUACAUAAUAAGACAAAAACGAAACAAUAGGCCUCCCUGAGUUAUGACUAAUUAUAAUGAGAAUAAAGCAUAUUUUGGUGGUCUCUGGAAACAUUUGUUCUUCAUAACUUGUUUCGUAGUGAGGCUUUUUUCUUGCGUUUUAACAAUAGGAUGGCAAUAAAAUACAUUUCUUGAUAUCAUAGAGUUAGAAGGGAUCCCAAGGUUCAUCUCGUCCAACCCCCUGCGAUGCAGAAAUCUUAACUAAAUCAUACAUGACAGAUGGCCAUCCACUCUCUGCUUAAAAACCACCAAGGAAAGAGAGUCCAUCACCUCCCAAAGGAGUCUGUUCCACUAUUGAACAACUCUGUUACUUGGGCCUAAACUUCUAAGUGUGUUUUGUUUCUAGGCUACUUCUGCCAUGUAUCUCCUUGCUGCAACAUUUAAUUAUUUGAGAUUUUGUCUGCAUAUUUAUUGGAAUGAAAUGGUUAAACUCUUAAGUUUUGUUGCAGAGGUAGACCAGAAAAAGCUGAUGAGUCUUACUACAGUCUUUCAGAGAAUUUGCAACACUUGUUCUAAGACAGUGCUGGAAAUUCUGAAAACCUACUGUGUUGAUUCCAGCUGUUAUACCAUAAUAGAAACAUGGGAAGUAUUAUUUUGGAAUGUGUGUUCUAGACUUGCUGUGGUGUGUGUAUGUGUGUGUGUAACUAUCUCUCUAUCUCUCUAUAUUCAACUUCGUAGCAUUUCUUUUUUGCCAGUACUUUGUACAUCAUCAGGAAAAAGUGUAAGUUUUCCAAGUUAUGAACUUAAGUAAAACACAACUGAUCUUUUAAAAUUACCGUAUUUUUCCAUGAAUAAGAUAAGUUUUUAAAAUUGCUUUUAAAAUUUAGUAAAAAAUUGGGGGUUGUUUUAUACAAAGAUGGUGAAUGCACAGGGUUUUUGUUUUUAAAAAACACCACUUACCUUCUGUGAAGAAGCUGCCGGAACAUCAUAGCCACUGUCCCCCCCAGGAGCGCAGUUUUGGCGAUCUCUGAAAAAAAGCUCAACAAAUUUGCCCGAUAUCUUGGGUGUGCACCCCCCACCCUUUUUGAUGUUUAAAUACUGUUUUCUUAAUUUUUGGUUUAAAAAAUAGGGAUUGUCUUAUACAUGGAGGUGCCUUAUACAUGGAAAAAUAUGGUAUAUGCAAAUUGUAGACUAGCUAUUAAUUCAAAGUAGUUGUAGCAUGUGUCUUGGAAAAUACUAUAUUAUCUUUUUAAUUUCCCGUCCCUGCAAUAGUUGUGGAAUUAGGUAAACAAUAAUAAAAAUAUGGUCUUCUGCAUAAUAUUCUAAGGGGCAUGAAAGUAACUCCACUCCUUUUGCUCGUGCAAAGUAUUGGAUUGGCAAAAUAGCAAGUAGUUCUUAAGACAUGUUGAAAGGAGUUAGAACAAUCAAUCUAUGAGAGAAAACAAAAAAUACACUCUUAAAAUUGUUAAAUGCUUCAAAUUUCCAAAUCUAGCCAUUUAUGAGUCAAACCAGUGGAUCAACUAGCCUAGAUUUAUUUCCUCUAAUGGGCAGCAGUUCUCUAAAGUCCCCUGCAGAAUUAUUUCACCACUCCUUGCCCUUCUACCUGAGAUGGUUAACUGGAGAUGUCAGGAAUUGAAACUGGGACCUUGUGCUUGCUGAGUUCUAUGAGCCACCCUCCAUGUUUUUAUUAUGGCACCGUCUAGUAAAAUUCUAGUUCUUCAAGGUCUGACAGGUUCUUCAUUGUUUUAAAAAUGAACAAAUGAACAUAAGCACUGUUUAUCAAAUAGUCCAAGAACGUAGUAAUGUAAACAGUAACUGCUUGUUGGUGUGAAUUCAAGGAAGUGAUUACAUCACAAGUAGCUUGGGACAUUUUUAUCUUAGAGGUGACCUGGAAGGCCUUUUCCUUGUUUAAAUGAAAAUUCAACUAUUUAUUCACAGGUUUUCUGUUGUGAAAAGUUUCUAGAAGUAGGAAAAAAUGCCACUGGCAUGGAGGAUAAGUUGAUAUUUUAUUAAGAUUGUAUCUUUUUCAUAGGAAAAGCUCUUUCUCCCAACCCCCCUUUCUAUGUUAUGUCAAGGGAUGCAAUGAGGAAAACUCUGGGUGUUUUGUUUUAAGCAGGAGUGUUGACUAUCAGUGCAACUGGGAGUGCAUGGACAUUGUUGCUAUAAUAUUAUAGCAAUGAUAUGCAUUGAUUUGUGUUGCUAAAGAAUGUUCUGAAUGUCUUCCAGCUUCUGCUUUUCAGAUGAAAACUAAACAUUUCUAUUUUGCACCAUCUAAUUUAAGAUUCAUCCCUUAAAUGUAGGUGUAAAUCCCAUUAAUUUCAUUAGGAAGUAGAAAUGUGCCUAUUAUCAGACAAGACCAAAUAUUUAGGUGACAGCGUCCUUCUCUAUUUCCAUUUUUAGACUAUUAAAAACUAAGACAGGUAUUUGUAUUAUACCCAGCAAAAAAGAAGUCCCACGCACUCUUUUUUGUUUAAGGUAACCUGAAGAAAAAAUCUGAUAAGCUCAAUAGAUUGCUUAUUGUUUUGGGAAGUUUUACUUGGUCCUAGUGGAGGUAUUGGGACGUGGGUGGCGCUGUGGGUUAAACCACAGAGCCUAGGACUUGCCGAUCAGAAGGUCAGCGGUUCAAAUCCCCGCGACGGGGUGAGCUCCCGUUGCUCGGUCCCUGCUCCUGCCAACCUAGCAGUUUGAAAGCACGUCAAAGUGCAAGUAGAUAAAUAGGUACCGCUCCAGUGGGAAGGUAAACGGUGUUUCCGUGCGCUGCUCUGGUUCACCAGAAGCGGCUUAGCCAUGCUGGCCACAUGACCCGGAAGCUGUACGCCGGCUUCCUCGGCCAAUAAAGUGAGAUGAGCGCCGCAACCCCAGAGUCGGCCACGACUGGACCUGAUGGUCAGGGGUCCCUUUACCUUUACCUUUAGUGGAGGUAUUACUUCACUACUGCUUUGUGGAUUUUUUUCUUUUUUAAAAAAAAUUCCAAAUUUUCAAUGCAGAAUCAUAACAAAAAUUACAAAAAUUGAAUCCAAAAUAAUACUAUACAAACAAAAAAGAAUGGAACAUACCAAAAAAAAAGCAGAAAAGAAAAAGGAAAAAAAGCAAAGGAAACAAAACAAAACUAAACAAAAACGAAAAAGCACACAUCUACAGAAAAAAACCAUAUCAUUACGUACAUAUAUUUUUUUUCUUCUACUUGACUAACACAACUGUAUAAAUAUAUUAAUUGAUUUCUGUUAAGUUUAUUGCACUGAACAGGCUAUUAAUUCCUUCAGCCAGUGUAUUAAAAACUGUGGCUCAGCAUUGGCAACAUAUUUAAAUUCCUGGGCAUCAGAAUCAAUACUUUAGGAGCCAGCAUAACAAUUUGAGGUACUGGAUACAUGCAAAAAAGAACAAAAUGACAGCAUUUUAAAGUGCUAGCAUCGCAUUUUCAGUGCUGGCCAGCAGCACAUGCAUCUCGAGUUCGCUCCCAUUUGAGGGGUUGAUGGGGUACAGCUUCAGAAUGGGACUGAAGAGUAAACAGGUUGCUAAGCCUGAGCUGGAGAUACUUUGGUUUUCAUCAGUCUCUGCUAUUUUCCUAAUAACUUACUUGAGGAGUAGAAUUGGUGGUCUGUUGUCCCAUUUGGGGACUGCCUACAGAGGCUGCCAAUCUGACUGAUUGCAUGUUAAGAACUACAGUAUAUGAGUUCCAGAAACACUGCAAUUUCUGUAGCUUGUUUAUUUGUUGCUUCUCUCUGAAUUUAGCAGCUGUGUCUAGUCUCAUUACCUGGCAAUACAUAUUUGGAGACUUGUAAUGAGGAUUUUCAUACAGGGCUGGUCCUCCAAAGCUGCCCUGGAAGAUCUUGAUAAGGUUUAAAACAAUGCACAGCCCAGUUUCUACAAGGGCUACAUCUUCUAUGAUAUGUUAUGAUUAUGCUCUUUUAACAAAGCAUAAUGUGGCUCCUGGUCAAAAAGAGAGAAGGGAUUGUCAAAAGAGAGAAGGGGUUGGGAGCCGCUCAAACAAUAAUUCUUGUAACACUAUCUGAGCAAACUACAUAUGCUUCUCCAGUGAUGCUGUGAAGAGGAAACCAAAAGCUUUCACUUCCAGAUUCAGUUAGCCACAAUUUAUAAUACAGCUGAAUUUCUAAGAAGUGUUCUGUGUUCAUUAUAUUGUGCAAGUACCCAAAAUAUAAUGUUACAGUUGCAUUAAUGCGUGACAAGGCCAUAAGAGUUCUUCCUGUUAGUUUGCAGUAGCAGUGUGUCUUUAGUAGCGACCAGUUAGGUGCUUCUGGAAGCUUUCAAGCAGAUUAUGAUAUAACAAUCUACUUUUGUUCAUAGCAUCCUGUAAUCAAAAGAGAGCCAGUAUGGUAUAGUGGUUAGAGUAUUGGACUAAAAUCUAGGAGACCAGGAUUCAAGUCUCCACCUGGCCGUAAAGCACACUGGGUGACCUUGGACCAAUUCCUACCUGUCAGCCUAAUCUACGUCACAAGGUUGUUGUUGGGGUUAAAGGAAGAGGGGAAGAACUAUGUAUACCAUCUUGAACUCAUUGGAGGAAAGGGCAGAAUAAUAAAUUAACUAACUAACUAACUAACAUUGUCCCUAAAUGUAGAAGUUCAUUUUAUUGGCCUACUUGAGUCUCUAGCAAUAUUCUAAAAGCAGAUUAGUGUUGUAGGUAUAUGUGCAAUGAGAUUAACCUCUCCAGGGAGAUUGCAGGAGCUAGGAGAGAAACAGGGCACACUUCAUUCUCCACACUCUUCAGAAAUUUUUCUCACCCCCAUAUAGGCCAAGUUCUCACAAAACAUUAAACCAUUGUUCCAAAUAAACUAUAGUUUAAACACAAGUGCUUUCCCCCCCUUUUCUCCUUACUGCGCUGCAUGGGGCCACAAACAUGUCUUGAGUAUGGUUUGUUGUGAUGUUUGAGCCCAGGCUUAUGGUUUGUCUCUCUCUAAGCAGGCCAUAAGCAGAAGCUGAACUUUGUUAUUGGCUUUGACUUUGUAUAAGUGUAUAGAUGCUUGUGUUUGUUCACAAGAGAUGUAUUUUGCUGAAUUUGUGUGAAAGUAAUUAUUGAAAUAACUUAACUGGCAUCCAGUCAGGAUGUGUAUGCUACUUACAAAGUGGCUUUUCACAUAGCAGCAAUACAAAGCUUUAAUUUUUUGUUAGGGAUGGUUCAGUGGAUUAAAUAUGUGGAUACACUUAUAAACCAGAUGAUUAGGUAAAUGGGUUUUAAAGAUUACCGGUAAUUACUGAAAUACACAUUUCUUCGAAUUGUCUUACAAAUACAAAAAAGGCAGAGCAGUUAUACAAUUUACUUUUUUCUAGGCAUAUGCAUCAGGAUGUGAUAUUGUGAUAUUGGGGACUGAUUUUGAAAGAUUACAAAUAAUUCCUGGAGCAAAACAUGGAAAUAUACAAGUGGGAUGUGUAGAUUGCUCUAUGCAACAAGGGAAGGUAAGUAGAAGUGGUACUCUUGUUAAACAUACCUAUCUUAUUUGUUCUUGUAAUAUGCAUUUUGCAAUGCCAUCCUGUCUGAAGGUGAUAUUAAACUCUUCAAAUACUUUUAGUACUAACCCUUCACAAGGACCUGCAUGUAAGAAGAUUGAAUUAUGCUUGCAGCUAUCCUGCUAUUUUAAUUCCUCUGCUGGAGACUCCUGUUUAUAUUCUAGAGUCUGAUAGAGUACUGUGUUUUGAAGAACAGUCUGGUCAUCAUUAUGCUACAAGGUUCUUUGUGAAUGUGGGCCCAAGCCCCCACAAAGGCAGGCACUUCCUACAGCGGUGGGUACAUAGCCAGCUAAGACAUCUUGUGGCUGAGAUAGUACAGGUUUUUCCAUGAGACUAUCCUCUUUCAUUUUCUUGGCUAUCACAUGUUGUUUGUUUAGGCAAGAAACAAACCAUGAUUUUGAUGACACUAUACAAGGCUUUGCUGUUUGUUGUUCCUGGCAUAGCCAGGAUGGGAGGAAAGUGAAACAAACUUAGAGCAGCAUGCAGCAGCACUCUGCUGAUAUGCAUUAAACCAUAGUUAAUAUUUAACUGUGUUUGAAUAUGACAUGUGAACCAUGCCAGCAUCAAAACCUAGCACCUUGGAGAGAAGUCUCUUCAUGCUAUUUCAGAUGUCUGCAGGAGUGGUAAGAUAUGGUCAUAUAGUAGGAGACACACAUAGUAAUUUACUGUUGUAAAUGAAACUUAAAACCAAUUUUAAAAAUCAACUGAGAGUUACCUUGGAACAGAUUUCUUGAUGAUCUCUCUUGGCCUCUCUUGAAGUUUAAGACACUAUCUUAGGACUCUGGAUUCUCUGUAUUAUCCAACAUUGCUUUCUCCUUUGCUGAUAAGGUGUGUUGGAUUUUGCUCAUACAUCCACUCUCUGAACUUCUUGCCUUUUUUCUUUUUAUUUCUGAAACUGCAGAAGCAUAGAUCAUGAAAGGAGAACAUCCUUCUGUUAGGAAAGGUGUGAAUUUAAACACACUACCAAAUUCAUAAACUUUUCCCCAACAUAAGACUCCUCUUCACAGUUGAGAUCCGCGUGAGAAUGAAAUACUGGAGAUUAUCACUUUAUUAAGCGCGCAAUACCUUUCUACCUUCUUAUUGUCUUUACUACUCUAGAUUUUGUGCAGUUCUGACAAGAUUCUAGUUGGCAUUUUUAGGUCAUGCUCAUGUGUAGAUUGCUAUGCCUUGUAAUUUGUUUUUGUAAUAGAUUUUUAAUCUUGAACCUGCAUCUCACUGCAUUUUUCCAGAAUUUCUGCAAAAGUAACAUUAUAAAGUUUUCUUUUUUUAAAAAAAGAUCUGUCCAUGAAAAUAAUAGUGCAUUAUACGCAAUAUAUAUAUUAUUUUAUAUUGUGCAUGAAAGUGGAAUAUGGUUCUGACAGAUGUUAGUUGAAGUUAAAAUAUUUAAACUUCUUUUCAUUAUUUUCCCCUACGUUUUUUGGAUCUGCUUCUCCAGUUCUGUGCAAUAUGUAAAAUUGUGAUUAUAUAUGUCUCUGUUAUUGCCUCACAUACAAAUAUACAUAGGUGGUUUCUCUUUGCUUUUUUUUUUUACCCUUGCUUGUCUUUAAUCCUUUUAUUUCGGACUGACUGAGCUUUUUUUGCUUUAGAUUUUUAAAUGUUUCUUGCAUGUUAACGUCUUGUAUGUAUUCUUUUUCAAAGUACUGUACUCUUGACACCCAGGAUUGCUGAAUUCUGAUCUGUAUCACACAUUUCUUAUCAUGUUUCAGAGUAUCUUUUACAUGCAUAUCACUUUCUCACCCCAUUUAAAAUACAUGAACCAUAUAAAUUGAACAAAUGUAAUUGUGCAUUUUAGCUCCCAGCCUCAGGGUAAUUAGAUAUAUUGUGAGUCUUAACAAAGCUAUUAUGUAGCCAUAUCUAACCAAAUGAAUAUUGUGUAUCUUCAAAAUAACUUAGUUGCCAUUUCUGUGAUGGCGACUCUUUGCGUGGAGAUACAAAGAAGUUUAUGGCUAUGGAAGGAAAGUAACACAACCUGCAAGUAAAUACAGUACAAACUAAUUUUAAAAUGCUGUUUGCUUUAGAUUGCAGCUUCUUAUGGGAAUGUGAUUUGUAUAUUUGAGCCAGUUCAACACCUGAAACAGAAGAGUAGUCAUCAUACUGUAAGUAAUUUAUCUUUUCUAUCUUUGCUAAGCAUUUGCAUUGUGAGUUGUAUUUAUUUGAAGCCAUGGAGGGAAAAUGUUCUUGGUGGGUUUUUUUCCGGAGGGAACAGAAUUUGGGGGGGGGGGGAAUGCAAUACUUGGUUCUUUAUGCACUCUUUAAAUAUCAAAAGUAACUUUAUUGCUUUAGGAACAUAAAAUGCAUUAUGUGUAACUUCAUUUACCAUAGAAUUAUUGUUUCUGGUAUAUUGAAAGUACAGUAUAUGCAGACAAUAAUUACAAAUUAAUUUUUUUUAAGUUUUUGUUGCAAAUGGAGCUACAAGCUGCUGAACUGUAAGAAACUAGCAUCUAUGUGGUUUUGCCACUUUAUAAUGAGCAGGCAAAAAACAUAAAAAACAGAAACCAUCAAAAUGGUAGUAAAACAAAUUACUAUUGAAAUCAACUUCUGCAUUUUCACAUGCCAGUUUAUUUCUUGAUUUGGUGCAAAUAUUUCUAGACAUAGACCAGUUUCUUUUGCGUAGAUUUGAUGCAAGUACUGGUAUUUCCAAACAUAGAGCGGUUUCUUUCAGAUGCACCGACUUGCUUACUGGCCUCUGGGAAAGUCAUGGGAGGGCAAUGACCUUCCCAGAGCCCCUGGGGAGCAGUCCUCUGCCUCACUGGGGUGGGGUGGGACGGUUCCUGGGAUUCCUGAUUUUGAAUGUUUUCCCCAUUGCAUGCGGACUCCUGGAACAAAACCCUUGCAUAAGUGUUGGGCUCAUUGUAAUGAAGUUUCAGUUUCAGCUUAUAGAAUUGAACUUAUAGAACUUGUUAUUGCUAUCUCAGUUAUUUGGAAAUAUUAUCCAAUAGUUGCUGAAGGAAGUUUGGCAAAUCUUCUGAAUUCCUUGUGCUUUAAUUGACAACUAUGGCAACUGAAUAUAGGUGUUUAGAAACAAUUUGUAUUGCAUUUGUGUUUCGUUUGUAGGGAUUACAUCAUCAGUGGCAGAAGUCAGAUCAAAUUUUACUGGAAGAUGCGGUGCAUAACUUAACAUGGGAUCCAACAGGUAAAUACAAAAUCAGCUGAAUGUUUGCCUUUCUUUUCUCCCUGCCUUUCAAUGAAUUAUCUUGUGAUAAUAAUAAUAAUCUAAUUCACAUUUAAGCAUGUUUCUAUGGAAGGAAGUGUACUGUUGGGCAGAGCAAUCCUGUAGGAUGACAGUGGGGGGAGUAUAUGUAAUAGAACAACAACCCAAUCUCAUGCUUCAUUGCUAUUAUUAUUAUUAUUAAUUAAUUAAUUAAUUAAUUAAAUUUGUAUAGCGCCGUAGAUUUCAGAGCAGUUCACAACAUAAAAUUCAUGCUGGUUAGGGAGAAUAGGGAGUGGCUAGAGGGAAAAUAAGUGUGUUAGCUGAAGGAAUGGCAUAAGUCUCCACACUCAUCCAUCCCAGGGGUAUGCCUGGGGAGUGGGAGUGCUUUGAAUUCAGGGGAACCCGAGCCUCCCCUGAAGUGGACCUCCCUGUUUAUUCUCAAGUACCCUUCUUUUCCAAGAUUCCUCUCUUCCUCUCAAACCACACCCCCAACCUUGCUUUCUGUUUCCCUGUAACUGACUGACUUGAAUAUAUGUUGAAGCUUAUGAUACUUUGCAGAACUGAUUAUUUUUUUCUGCUUGGGGGUGGAGGAAUAAGAGACAUUUAUAUGAAUGAAUUGGAAAACACACACACGUCUAAAUAGCAUAACGGGGGUCGGACUAGAUGACUCUGUGAUUCUAUGGAAAUUUGAUAUAAACAGCAUUGCUCUUCAGUCAUUUUUUACAACACAGUCCCCACUUCCUAAAUCUUAGGAUUCUCAUGCUACUUUAUCAGUAUUUUUAAUUUGAAAGAAAUUGACCAGGACAAUGCAUAUUGCUCACCUUACUUGUGUUGCAGAAUUCCUAGCAAACUCAAAGCCUCAUUCUCGCCCCAAUGCAUGAUGCUGUGCAGUUAAGGUUUCAGUGUAUCUAACUUGGAAUUAGCCAAAAUGAUGCCCAGAUGUUGUUGGACUCAGCUUUGACUUUUAGCUAUGCUGGCUGGGACUGGUUGGAGCUGGAGACCAGUAACAUCUGGCUACUCUGAUCUGGAGGUUCUUCCUACUAUCCCUUACUCUUUGGCUGGACACCAAAAAGCUGUUCUUUGACUAGUUAGCAAGAGUUGAGUGACAUUGAGAUUCUCUGCAGCCAUCAUUGUUCUUCCAUGCUUCCAAAUCCUUCUGAUCUAUCAUUCCUCAUGUAUGUGUCUACUGAGUUCCCACCAUCCCUUAAUGCUUAACCUCAUAAAGAGAAUCCUUUACACAGGCCUGUUCCAUCUGUUCAUAAGGCACUUGGCAGUUAAAAAUGGAAUUUUACUAGCUGAGUCAGUGUAGUCAGAGAAGCUGCUGAAGUACAUUGCUGGUAAGUGAAGCUAGAUCGAUCUCUUCCCUUCCUCUAGGCGACAACUAAUAAAGAUGGAAUUCUGAUAGCUGGAUUGGCAUGCAUAUUUUUGCCAGUUGACUUCUUGCCAAUUUGCCAUCUUACAGGACAGUUGCCAGUUCUAGUCUUUGUGUAUGCAAAUGAAGUGGUUUCAUUAUGAGCAGUUUAGAUUGAUCACCUAAAACUUUAUAGAUUCAGGUGUAUAUUUCAGAGUAUAUAGUUGGUUUAUAGUUAUAUAGUUUGUUACAGUUAUUUCAGAGUCUAUAGCUUGACUUUAUCUACUAUUUUUUUAUUCUAAUUUAUGUGUGCACAUUCUCAAAAUCUAGGCUCCCGUCUAUUGACGGCUUGCAGUUGUUUGCAGCUUUGGUCCAAUGUCAAUUAUGAAAACCCAUCAGAAGAUGAAAAUCCUGAAAAAACAGAAGCUCGGAAUUGGAGAAUCAUUUGGCAGUGCAAGUAAGAAAUAUAUUAAGACUAAUUUACACUUGUUUUUGUACCUCCAUGGACCGGUGCAUUACUCCAAAGCAGUAUAUUUAAAUGAUAAGUAUACUGCAAUUCAUUUUUUAUAUAUGCUUUUUAUUAGCUUAUUAUUACAACACAAACACACACAAUGAACAGACUUUUAAAAAAAUACAAACAAAUAAUAAAUGUAUAUCCAUGUUUCAAUUCUUAUUCUUUUCUAAUUGACUUCCUUUGUCCUCAGCACGGGUCUAAUUUCAUAUUUGGUAAACUGCAAUUCAGUGCAUUCGGUGUGAGCCAAUCAUUGCAUGUUGUUUCCCAGAUUAAAAAGUGUUAUAUAUGAGAUACUUUCCAAAAUAUGUAGUAGAUGUUUCAUUUCUACAACAUUGAACAUAUGGAAGUGCAUAUGAGUAUUUAGCACCCUUUUACUCUAAGAAGGGUGAUCCAGCAUAAAUAAAGCAAACAAUGCAAAUACUAAGAAGUGAAACAGGGUUUCAACAGAUUUUACUAAGCUUUAUAAUUGUAAAGCCUGUGUUAAUGUUGUAACUUUGUUUUUGGUAGGCGAACAGCCAAGUAAACCACAUAAGUUGUAUCAUCAGUUUUGUAAUUAAUCAUCUGCAACUAAAACAAAAAUAAUUGAAUUUCAAAUAAGUGAUUUUGCUAACUCUAAUAUUUAACUCAAGUUCAGUUUUAUUAAGCUUUUGAGGUAUCAAAUCACGAUGAACAUCUUUUACCCCUUUUCUUUUCUGCUUUUCACAGAACUGCUUCUGAAGUUCAGCUAAUGAAGUUUUCACCAGAUGGGGAAUUUUUUGCUACUGCAGGAAAGGUAAACCAGUUUCAUAGGAUCUGAAAUAUAUUUCUUAUUUUAACUUCACACCUAGGCUUUCUGCAUAUAGCAUUAAAGUAAGAAAGAGUAAUUACAAUAAAAAUACAAUAAAACAUUUUUGAAAAAAAGCAAUAAAAUGAAAAGAACCAAUAAAACCAGGGAUACAAUGUUGAUAUUCUUACACACACAUUUUAAGUCAUUUUCCAUCUCAUGUGACUAUAGUAAGAGGAGGGGAGGGCAGUUCAUAGGUGCUACCUAUCUUGGCUUCCACUCAGACCAUGGCAACAGAGGUUCUUAUUUGAGAGUAAGGAAGAGAUCUUUAUACAGGGAGAUUAAAGGUACAGGCUCAGCAACAAGCAUAGUAUCAUAACAGCCUCAGAGCUUGGACUAGGCAACAGGAAUGACAGGGCUAGCUGGACUAGAAGCAGUAGUCCUGAGUCAAAGUUCAGGGCAAGAAGCUCAUUUGUCCCAAUGGGUUAACAUGACCACCACCAAGCUUUUAAAGGCAGGGCAAAGCAAGCUUAGCUGUGAUACUCCUAUGCCUUGUAGAAUGUUCAGCAUGCAGACACAGUCACAUGUGGUUAACAAGCCAAAGAUUGGAAAGUUGUAGUCCACAUAGCUAAUCGGCUAUGUAAGUCUGUGGUUUUGCGAAAGCCCCUAUCUUCCCAAACUCUACUCAUCCAUGGAGCAACUGUGAUGCUGCAACAGUGUCAUAAAUUGCUUGAAAGAAGAGGAAAUUACAGAUUUCACAAACCAUAAUUUAGUUUCCUCCAAGAAUAUUAAGAAUAAGUCAUACAAUAUAAUUUCCAAUUUUAUGUUGUGGGCCACCCUGCGAUCUUCAGAUGAAGAGUGCUAUGCAAAUUUAUAAAUAAAAUAAAUUGCUCGUUAUAAUAAGCCACCUUUAUAAACUAAAUUUUGGACAAAAGAUCAGCUAACUUAAAAUCCAGUGUGAUGUUUUUUUCUCUUAAUGUAUUGGAUUUCACAGUUCUUGUGCUCUUCGGAUGAAUAAUCAUCAGCACAGAAGCAUAAUAUUGCAAUAACAUGGUGAUCUGUUUGAAGCAGCUAACACUUCCCCUAAGGCCUAAGAUGCAAUCAUGUGAUGCUUGUUUUUCAGACAGAAUGACUUUCUGUGAAAUUGACAUAUUUGGCUAUAGUGCCAAAAUUAAGGGAAAUGGAUAGCUGCUAUUUAUUAUUGGAUGCCCAUUUAAGAAAAUACUUUGACACUGGCAGUAGUUGCUCUAAUACAGGGGUACCCAAACUUUUUUCCAAGGGGGGCAGAUUUGAUGAAGUGAACAUCAAAUACUGGAGGUGAAUUAUUGAAGCUUUUUUUCUUUUCUCAAUAGCCUAAUGAUGUUUAUGCAUUUAUUAAUUCAGACUCCAUACGUUAACAGACGAUAAUCUUAAAUUAUCCAUUAUUCAGUUAUACAUUUUUCUCUUACUCUUACUUGUUCAUGUUUCAUUUCUCCCUUCCCUUCCCUUCCCUUCCCUUCCCUUCCCUUCCCUUCCCUUACUUUCUCAAGAAAUUCUGUUUCUGCUUGAGAGAGAUGAAAGGAUUAAUAACAUCAGCCUAGCAUUAAGUGGUUAGGUUUUAUUUGCUUGUUGGAGAGAACUCUUGAUUAUGUUGACCUUCUUUGGUAUUCUGCAGUGCAAUCCAUUCUUUUCCAAACAAAAACUUUAAAAUAAAAGUAGUCCCUCAUCUGUCUCUCUCUCAAACAAAUGGUCAAAAAUUACUGGUUGUUUCUUAAUAUUUUCAGAUGCAUACCUGCUAAAACAUCAGCCUCUGUGUUGUCUGUUUUAAGUGAAUACCCUGUCCAAACAUUUAUCUGAAUUGCAUCUUUUACUCUGUAAUUAGCAAAUCUUAUGAAAACUUCCAUUGAUAUUUUUCUUUUUUUCAGAUUUUAAAUUUAUUUUAAUAGCACCUUCUAUGCCAAUGCACAUUCUUAUUUCAAUUCCAAAUGAGCCUUUAACAGCCCUUCAAAACAGCAUGAUAAAUCUUGUCCUUCAGCAGCUUCUCUCUAGAGCUUCAUUGAUAUCUUUAUGCUCAUGCUUUUCUAUUGUUAUCUCAUGUAGUCAUAACUUCUUGGCAUCCUUGGACUAUAGACUACAUUUUUUUUUACAGACUGUUAAUUCUGUAAUUUUUACAACUGCUUAUCUCUUUCUUGAAUAAUUAUUUAGCUAAUCUUUCUUCAUUCACCUUCCAUUUUCUCUUUAUUAUUUUCAGUAACCGUUUUUCUAUUAUACUGGAUUUUUCAGUGAUUCUUUCUUCCUGGGCUCUGAUUAUGGUUCAGAUAUCUUAACUGCAUGGCAUACUAAAAUACCAAAUUUUCCCCUUAUUUACACACAUAGAAAUGAGUUAUGAGUUUCAGUUAAAAUAAGCCAGCUAUGUAUCUGUCAAUAGCUGAGAAGUUCAUGCAAGGUGAGGGAGAUCAGCAUUUAGUGCAAAGCAUUUUAUAUUUUUGUUUCUGUACUCACAACCAGAGGGUGGAUGAGUGUCAUGGGAAUCAAACAUCUACAGAAACCAGGAUUGGACAAGGGCAGAGAACUCGGGAGAGAAAUGGAGUCUCCUUUGGCUCUUCUUGCAGAAAGAGUAUGAUCUUUUUUUUUGCUGCUGCUUACAUUUUUCAAAAAGAAGUGGCCCUGGUGAGGGAUGGAGUUCAUUAAAAAUAAUUGGCAGAAAUUAUGAACCACAGAUUAAGAAGAAUUUUUAAAAGUUGUUUUUAUGGGGAAAAGGUGACUUCAUCCUCCAUUCAACAUGAUUAAAUAAUUCUGUCGAAAAUAAUUCUAUUCAGUUGUAUUGAAAAGCUUAUUUAAGAGUGAGCAAAAGCGGAAGAAUUAGCUCUGUGUAGCAAUUAUGGAAAAUAGUGUUCUAAUAUAUAUCACUUUUUCUUUGCUAGGAUGAUUGUCUUGUAAAGGUGUGGUAUAACACUGAUAGCUGGAAGUCAGCAGUCACACCUCCAGUUACAGCACCAGAAGCAAUCACACAGGAAGUAGGCUUCUCCUUUAUCUACUUGGUUCAUCCUCGGUCUGUUAAUGGGUUCUCCUGGCGAAAGACAAGUAACUACAUGCCACGGUGAGCAUUUUUUCACUGUUCCAUCUUUGAAUUGGUAGAAAUUGUGAAUGGUUUCAAAUUUUGCCUUGUGCUCUCAAAAUUGUGCCAAUCAGCCAUGGUUGAGUAAUUAUUCAGAUGAAUCUAAGUAAGUCUUCACCGGUAGUGAUCCCAAAACAGGUAAUAUAAGAUUAUGGAGCUAUAUAAUCAGUAGUAGACCCUGAGGUUGGACUGUGCUGCACACCUGACCUCCCUCCAGCUGAGUUGCAGCUGCCGAUCAGGACAGAAAAUGGGAGGGUUAAGGUCAGUGCAGUGCAAACUGGAGGAGCCAAUACGAUGCUCUUGGCAGUGUGUUUGCACAGCACUGACCUUACCACCACCUCAUUGCUCCCCUUCUACAUCCCAGUAUUUAGCAGCAACAGGAGCAUAGAAAUGUCAGGUGAGUGGCGCACCCUCCACCAUGCCAUCCACUGCUAUUGCAUGUAAUAGGCUUCCGUAAUGUCACAAGCAGCGUGUAAAAUAUCUGCCACAGUGCAAAGCCUUGUGAACCAUCCCGCACUUGUAACACACUGAAGGUCUGCUGUACGACACUUUGGCAACAUUGACAUCGGUUCCGUACAUGUGUUCUGACAUUAAAUGAAAAAUACCUUAAUCUACCUGGCUGGUGGGCAUAAAAGUUCUUAUAAUACAGUUAGUAAGUGAUUUCAGCAGCGUGCUGUCUGGCCACAUUUUCGUUCUCCAUCACUGCCUCAGCACUGAGUAAUUGCUUAGUUUUAUAGAUUUGUGAGUGGAACAUAGUCAUCGAAUGAGAGUCACUUAAUAACGAUCACACUAAUUGUAGGAAAUCUUAUACAGUGGUACCUCAGGUUUCAAACAUCUCAGAAGUCAAACGUUUCGGUUUUCAAACGCCGAAAACCCGGAAGUAAAUGCUUUGGUUUUCGAACAAGCCUCGGAAGUUGAAUGUGCUACGUGGCUUCUGCUUAGUGCAAGAUCUGGAGACCUAGCUGUCUGCUAUUGAGUCUUGGUUUUCAAAUGUUUCGGAACUCAGAACAGUCUUCUGGAACGGAUUACGUUUGAAAACCGAGGUACCACUGUACAUAUGAUGUUAGGAGUUUGUGUCCUCACCAGUGUUGCACAAAUAGCAUCCGAAUAUCCUUGGCUAUAGGGAAACAAAGCAGGAACCUAAUACAGUUGUACCUCGGGUUACAUAUGCUUCAGGUUACAUGCACUUCAGGUUACAGACUCCGCUAACCCAGAAAUAUUACCUUGGGUUAAGAACUUUGCUUCAGGAUGAGAACAGAAAUCAUGCUCCGGCGGCGUGGCGGCAGCAGGAGAUCCCAUUAGCUAAAGUGGUGCUUCAGGUUAAGAACAGACCUCCAGAACGAAUUAAGUACCUAACCCGAGGUACCACUGUAUAUCCAAGCCCACUGUGACUUGAGUUGCCCUAACUUGCAUCAUACUGCUGCUGUAGAAGGGUGGUAAGGAAAUAGGAACAUUUAUUACAUUUUCUUUAAAAAGUUAUUUCCAAGUAUUCAUGUGUAGUACUGACUUCAAAGCAGAAAAAUAUGACUUGGUAUAGGUAGCAGCACAGUAUAAAAUUCAGAAACCCCUGCAGAAUUUUUUAAAAAAACUUUUUUUCCUGUUCUAGUGGUGCCGUAUGUAAUGUGCUGUUGACAUGCUGCAAAGAUAAUAUAUGCCGUCUCUGGGCAGAGACUUUGUUGCCAAAUGACAGUCUGUUAUAUGGAGGUGGAUACAACCAUUUGCCUGAACCUGUGAAGUCAACUAAUAACUUUAAGAGGAAUGCUUCUAGUAAAGAGAGCAUGAAAAAUGCUUUAGAGGUAAGAAGAUAAUUACCUGACUGAGUAAGCCUCCCAGAUCAUUAUAGUUUUGUAUUUAAAGUAACAACCAUACUAACUUGCUGACUGUUGAGAAAUAGCAUUCUGAGCUAUAUUGCUGCUGCUAGAUUUCUUUUCUGCUUUUGUACAACAUGUCAUUUUCUCAACAGUUAAAUCUAAAGCCCUUUCGACGAGGAAGAAGGAGGUCAAUAGCACUUGCACAUACUGGAUACUUGCCGCAUCAGCAAGACGCUCACGAAGUUCAUCGAAACACUCCGCUGCAAUCAAAUGCACUUUGCCACUUCCACAUUGCUGCCAGCAUCAACCCAGCUACAGGUGAUUAUGAAUGCCAAUUUUUGCUUUAUAAGUGGGUACAGUUCAUUUUAAAAUUCUUCUGCAAAAGUAAUAUAGACAUACUGUCUGACUGUAAAUAAUGAUGAUAUACAGCUUCAGUUCGAGGCUUUGACUACUGCUGAAGAUGAUUAACAGAAGAUAAUUUAUGUUAACUGGAACAGAGCCUUGAGAUCUUUGCAUGAAGGGUGGUAUAUAAAUUUUAUAACAAUAACAAAAACCUCAAAUGAAACUGUGCCAUAUAAUCUGUUUAGUUUCUUUGGCAGUGAUUCACACAUGCCAUAGUUGGGUUAUGUUGGCACCUUGCAGCCAAAGACAAGAAAACCAGACUGGUCUUUGUCCAUUGAACAUGCCCUCCUUCCUUGUGUCAGAUAACAUUUAGUUUCUGCUGGUAAUAAAAGAAAAUAAGAAAUCCCAAUGGGCAUGCCCAAAAUCUUCAGGUGUACUUUAAAAAGCUCUUUGAAUUUCGGACAUGAAUCCUUGAGAUGUUAAUAACAUACUUUCAAGCAGUCAUAUUUGUAUUCUCUUUUUUUGUGGGCAGAGGGGAGUGGGGUCUAUGUAUAUCUCUGGGUGUGCUUUAUUAAAGAAAUGUAGGAUUAACUGUCCUGUGAUUUUUGCAUGUGUGUGUUAAUGUCCAUCUUCUAAUGCAGUUAAGUUUUGCUUACUAAAAAGGAAAUAAUUUAAAAGUUAUGGUACAUCUUGAAGGGAAAGUAAGUUUGGUCUUUUGCUUGUAGACAUUCCUUUGCUCCCUUCCAUCAUGUCUCUGAGUCUUAAUGAAAAUGAAGAAAAGAGUGGGCCUUUUGUUGUACACUGGCUGAAUAACAAAGAAUUGCAUUUUACCCUAUCAAUGGAAGUCUUUCUACAGCAACUAAAAAAGAGUUUUGAGCAUAUUUCUUCAGAGGUCAGCACUGAAGAGUCUAAUCAGACAGAGAUAAAAUCUGAUGAAGGUAAAGUGCCUACUGUUGGUUUGUUUGACUCUUUUUGGAAACAACGUAAUGCCUAUAAUACACUAAUUUAUUAUUUAGUUUGUAUGUCUUAACAGGCACCUUUAAAAUGUGAUCCAGAGCAUUGGAAUCUUCUCCAGAAGAUUUUGAGAGCACACAGAGGGUUGCAGGGGGAGGAGAGGAAGGAGGAGUCCUAUUGUAUGUGUGAAAGCCCACUUGCAAAAUUUUGGAUUCUUUCCCUAAGUGCACGAGAGAGUUCAUUGUCUGUGUAAUACUUAAUCUUGAAGCCAUGACCUCUAUAUUUUGAAUAUUUCAUUCAAAGCGUUUUAAAUCAGACUUUAAUUACCCACAGAACAAGGAAUAUCCCUCACGUGAACAUUGCUUUCUUAGAUAAACCAAAUAUGAAAUAUUUUUUAAAAGAGUCAUAGUAAAUUAUUGGCAGCCAUAGAAAAUUUUUGAUGGAGAGAUAUUGAACAUGGAUAUUUGGCAAAGUAGUCUCAUUCACAUGUCACUUGAAAAAAGUUAAAUUUAAAGAUGGUUUAAAGGUGACUGUCCAGCAUGCAGAUGCACAAGGAAAAAAUAACAGCAAAUUUACUCUCCCUUCUCCCACUUCUGCCACGCUACCAUUACAUCUGAACCUGGACUUGUGGCUUGUCUUUGCCAGACAAAGUCUUGAGGUGUAAGUCAAGAACAAGGCUUGGUUACAGCUUGUGGGUUGAUUGGAGAGAGUCAGCUCCGAGUCUUGGUUUGAGCGUAACUUUGAUUUAACUCCCAGUAUCACGGCAGGAGCGAAGGGUGGCAUGAAGAGGCAACUAUUUCCUCCCUGUUCACUUACACACUGCCCUUCACCUUUAAACCACAGUCAAACUUAGCUGUGGUCUAAAGUAACAUGUGUGCUAGGUCAAUGUAUGCGUAUAGGAGAUGUCUGUUUCAACCUGCUAGAACUUUUUGAGUUCUAGAAAAUGCUGUAAAACGUCACAUUGCCUGUAACUAUAAGGAUGGUUUCAGUGUGCAGAUCUCUUGACAGCGACACUUUUUUCUCUCACCAGAAACCGAUGGCAAUAGAGAAGAUCAAAAAGGAAAUCAAGAACUUGCUGGUGAAAAACCAGCUCCAAAUUCAAGCUAUAUCCCCUUGUCAUCUUCUAUUGUUGAUCAUGAGAUUGAAGUGCAGCUGUCUGAAUGGAAUAAAAAUGCAGACAUGUUGUUUAGUAUUCAUCCUAUGGAUGGGUCACUGUUAGUAUGGCAUGUAGAUUGGCUAGAUGAGUACCAGCCGGGCAUGUUUCGCCAAGUACAGGUACUGUGGCUCUUCUGAAUAAAAUUUUUAAAUAGUUUUGAGGUGUUCCACUUGAUUCCAAUGCUUCUCCGUACCAUUUCUGUUUUUAGGUAUCGUUUGUUUCGAGGAUUCCUGUGGCCUUCCCUACUGGUGAUGCAAAUUCGCUCUGCAAAAGUGUAGUGAUGUAUGCUUGUACAAAGAAUGUGGAUCUUGCUCUUCAACAAGGCAAACAGAAACCAUCUAGCCUUGGGCGUUCCUGCUCGAUGUUAAUCUCUUCGGGCCAUAGUAAAUCAACCAACAGCUUAAAAUUAAGCAUCUUCACCCCAAAUGUUAUGAUGAUUUCCAAACAUGCAGAUGGGUCUCUAAACCAAUGGCUGGUCAGCUUUGCAGAGGAAUCUGCCUUUUCAGUUGUACUCAGUAUUUCCCACAAAUCAAGGUAUUGUGGUCAUCGCUUCCAUCUUAAUGACUUGGCUUGUCAUUCAGUACUUCCAUUGCUGCUUACAACCUCUCAUCAUAAUGCAAUAAGGACACCGGCUGUUGACAGUAUAAAAGAGUCGUGUGAUGUCUCACCAUCGAGACUUCAUGAUGAAGGCACAGCAAGCACAUCACAGGAUCUCACUGCUGUUUACAGUGAACUUAUCCUUUGGAGAGUUGAUCCAGUUGGGCCGUUAUCUUUUUCUGGUGGAGUUUCUGAGCUUGCAAGAAUUAAUUCUCUUCAUGUCUCUGCCUUUUCAAAUGUGGCAUGGCUGCCUACCCUUAUACCCAGUUACUGCCUAGGUAAGUCCCUCCUAUGAAUAAAUAAAAUAAGGAACAUAGUAACAACUCAUAAUGAUAUCUGAAUAAAACUGUGUGUAUGUACUGGUACUUGUUGAUCUUUUUUACCUAAAUCAGACUGUUCAUAAUUGCCUUUAGGUGCAUACUGUAAUUCACCAAGUGCUUGCUUUGUUGCAAGUGAUGGACAAUAUUUGAGACUGUAUCAAGCUAUAAUAGAUGCCAAAAAACUUCUCUGUGAGCUAUCAAAUCCAGGAAUUUCUGUAAGUAAAGGCCAGUAGGCUUGUUAAUUACAUAAUUAACAGAAAUCUAACAUAAUCUAACAGAAAGAUCACAAGGGGAGGAUUAAACUCCUGCCACAUGCAUCAAGUCUAGCUUGCCCUGUAGUUUAAUAAAGUAUGACUAAUCUUUUUCAGGCUUGAUUUAUCUUGGCUCCUGAAAUUAUAAGGAGAUUUUUAUGUUUUUGAGCUUUGCUUAGAUCAGGCAUGGGGAAAUCUGUGUCCCCUUAAAUGUUUCUGGAAUCCAGCUCUAAUCAACCCCACCUGGAAUGACCAAUGACCUGGGAUGAUGGGAGUUGUAAUCACAGAGAACCACAGGUUCCCCAUCCCUGACCCAGAUUUCUCAGAACAAAACUUGUUUUGCCUUAAGGAAUUCACAAAAAUAAAAAUUCUCACUCUUUUUUAAGUAAAGCAGAAAUACCUUCUCAUAAAGUCCCAAGUGAUUACAUUACAUUAAGAUUCAGACAAUGGUUUAUGUAAUCUCAAAAAUUGUAACUAUUGACCUUUAUAACUCUACAGAAAUACGUUGGUGAAGUUUUUAACAUCAUAAGUCAACAAUCCACAGCUAGACCAGGAUGCAUUGUAGAGUUGAAUUCCAUUACAGAGCUGGUAAGGCGCUUGCAUUUUAUGGGUGGAAACAUCAUUGUUUUAUUUUAUUCAAAAGAAAUAACCUGUUUUCUAGAAAUCAUAUGCCUCUGAAAAAAAUGAGCAAAAUAUUGUGUUUUCUCCUGUGGUUCCUAGAGUAAGGUUAGCAGACGUCCCCGUUUCCCAGGGACAGUCCCUGGAUUUACAAAUCAGUCCCCAUACAAAAUUCAUUGAAGCUGAAAAGUGUCCCCGGAUUCAUUGAAAAAAAUCUGAUAACCUUAUUCUAGAGGGCAUUCCAAGAUCUUCAGGGUUAGCUCAUCCCAACAAGGCCAGGCAGGGUCUAAUCAUUAUGAUCCCAUCCUGGAGAAUGAGAAUGGCCCUAUCUGGCACUGUAAGAACAGGGUCUUGGCUGAGGAAUGGGGACAAGCUUUGCAAAGAUUGUAUUUUUAUUUAUGUUGUGAGAAGGACUAACCUUCCUUCCUACCACCAAACUGGCCAUAAGCACACUGCUUCCCAGCCUUGGCCCCCUCAGCUCAGUUCAGCAGGGAAGUGAAGAAAGGGAACCACAGUAUCCUGCCAGGGUUGCAGUGAGUUUCCCAGUCAUUGGCAGCUGGUCUGGGGAAAACUAGGAUCUCUUUGCUCUCUCUAACUGGGUAUGAGUCUGCUAGCGUAGGUAGAACAGUACUACCCCACCCUUCUCUGCCCAGAGUCAGGGGAUGCUACUAACCAGUUGCCACCUCACGUAAAAUUGCCUCAGAUUUUAUUAAAAGAAGGGUGUAGAGUUACAGCAAAUCAGCUUGCCACAUCCCCAAGAAAGUAGAAUGGACCACCACAGCAAGGAGAUGGCUUGCCCGUGCCCAAGCAAACAUUUCUACAUCCUUUAUACACAAAGCAGAACACAUUGUUUUGGCCAGGACUUCCCAUCACUUCAUUUGACCAGAUGAGAACAUAGGUGGCAAAUACCAAAUCUUACAGAUGGUUUUUCCUAACCUUAAGUUCAGCUCAUCUCAUCUCUGCAUCAAUUGGCAUUCUCGUGUCAAAUAACAUGCAAACCAAUGAGUUCCUCACAGUACAUGAUACUUCCCUCUUUGGGAUGAAUAUGUGUGAUGGGAUGAUGAGCUGCUUGUGCGUAAAAUCGUAUCCCCUCAGAGUUUGUUCAAGUCCACAAACCUCUGUCUGUGACAGAGCCCCUCAGACAUGGCUACUCUAGUCACUAGCAGAUUCCGACAGUGGUUGCUUUCGUAAUCGCUUCCAACAUAAAAGCUCCUUAACGGAAACACGUCUUCUGGAAUCUCUGCGUGACAGUUUCCGGCGAGGAGUGGGUGUUCUUACAGGAGGUCCUGAAACCUCUCCACUGUUUUCGCUGGAAGUGUCUCUGAGCCAUCCCUCCAGCUCAGCUCCUCUCCCCUGCUGGUUCCCUCAUCAGCUGCUGCGUCUCUCCCAACCUGUGUGAGCCCUUUCACCUCCCUGUUGGUUUCCUCUUCAGCUGCUGCGUCUCUCCCAACCUGUGUGAGCCCUUUCACCUCCCUUCCGUCCGAUGGCAGUUCCCUGACAUCCACCUCCCCCUCCAGGGCCCCCUUCACCCCCUCUCGCCCCUCCUCUACGGGCGGUGAGGAGGCAAAACCCGGAAUGAAAUUCCUUCAUCUUCCGAUGUCUCGAACACUUCUCUCAACCUGUUGCGGUUCCUGGUCUCGAAGUACACCUCCUCCUCAGAGUCCAUCUCCCCUUCCGAGUCCGGGAAUCCUUCCAACUCCUCCCCUUCAUCAGUGGUCCCAAAGUAUUCCCUCCGGAACCUCUCCACAGGCUGAGGUUUCCUUGGGAACCUUUGAUGGAACGUUUCUAUCAAUACCUCGUCAUUGAUAUCUUCAGCCAUUACCCAAGUGUUUUCUGACUCCGGUUCUCCUUCCCACGCUACCAAAUACUCCACCUGAUCCCCCUUCCACCUGGCGUCGAGGAUUUCUGCCACAUGGCUGCUGCAUUCUCUUUCUUCUACGACCCGGUCCCCGAGUGGCCAGCCCUUCUCGUCCCCUUCGUACGGUGACAGUAACGACCUGUGAAAUACUGGGUGCAGUUUCAUGUGGUUGGGUAACCGGAGCCUGAAAGCCACUGGGUUGACCUGUUGAAUGACCUCAAAGGGACCCAACCUCCUGGGUCUUAAUUUCUUACAACCUCCUUUGAACGGCAACCCUUGGGUUGACAGCCACACCCUAUCUCCCACCCUUAUGGUUUCACCUUCCCUUCGGUUCUUGUCUGCCUGCCCGUUGGUUUCAGGGUGCCGGGCAGUCGAAAAAUUGACCUCCACCUGCAGUAAGCUCAUGAGCUUCCUCCAGAACCUGGAAGUAAAUUGUUUUCCUCGGUCUGAGACCACCCUCAAUGGCACCCCGUGCAACCUAAAAAUGUUUUCUACAAAUAACUUCGCUGUCUCUUCCGCCGUGACUGCAUGCGAGCAAGCUACAAAGUGGCACAUCUUUGUUAGUAGGUCUACCACCACCAUGAUGGCUGUUUUCCUUUGGACUUCGGCAGAUCAGUCAUAAAAUCUAUCGACACUGCCUCCCAAGGUCGUUCUGGGGUUGGUAAGGGUUCUAAUAGCCCCGCCGGCGCCCGCCUUUCCCCUUUGGCUCGCUGGCAUUGCUCGCACCCUCUUACAUACUCACGUACAUCUUCCCUCACCUUAGGCCACCAAAAUUCCCUGGUGACCAACCACAUGGUUUUGUGUUGUCCAAAAUGCCCCGCCGUAGGGCUGUCGUGCAACUGCUUGAGUACCCUCCCCUUAACUCUCCUUCAGGGAUAUACAGUGCCCCUUUGUAAUACAAAGCUCCAUUUCUUUCCUCGAAACCCCCUGGUUCCUCUCCAUCACCCCUAAGACCUCUGAGCUUAUUCUGGGCGUAUUCAUCAUUCUCUGUUUCCUCUACCAGUUCUCUUUGUCCCACCAAUGCCGCCCCACACACCCAGCGGUCUUCUGGAAUGACAUGUCUCUCUUCGGGUGCCCCUCCCUCCAAAUAUUCAGGUUUGCGUGAGAGAGCGUCCGCCCUAAUGUUCUCUGGGCCUGGCACGUAACUAAUCUCAAAAUUAAAUUUGGAGAACUCCUGGGCCCAUCUCACUUGCCGUUGGUUGAGCACUCGUGCCGUCCUCCAAUACUCUAGGUUCUUGUGGUCAGUGCACACUUGCACCUUAUGUUGUGCGCCAAUUAGCAGGUGCCUCCAUCUCCGGAACGCCUCAUGAAUGGCUAGUAGUUCUCGGUCAUACACCGUGUAGUUCCUCUCGGAUUUGUUCAGCUUUCGCGAAAAAAGGCACACGGUCUCCACUCUGACCCCUUCUUGCCUGGCUGCAGAAGCACCGCCCCAAUCGCUCUGUCUGAUGCGUCAGUUUCCACUCUCAUCGGUUUUUGUAAAUCCACAUGCAGGAGUUGUUGUUCCGAGGCGAAGGCCGUUUUAGUUGCUCAAAUGCUCGCUCCGCCUCCUCAGUCCCCACGAACUUCUUCUUACUGCUGAGACAGUCCGUAAUGGGCGCCGUCAGGUGGGCAAAGUUUCGGAUGAACUUACGAUAGAAGUUCCCAAAUCCUAGGAACCUCUGCACAUCCUUCUUUGUUUUGGGUGUUUUCCAUUCCAGCACAGCCUGGACCUUGCCGGGAUCCAUGGCCAAUCCCUUGUCUGACAGGCGAUACCCCAGGAAUUCCACCUCCUUGGUAUGAAACUGACACUUCUCCAGUUUCACCCACAGCUGGUUGGCUUGCAGCCUGCUCAACACUUCUCUGACGUCUCUCACAUGCUGCUCCUCAUUCUCAGAAUACACCAACACGUCGUCUAAAAGGCCACACAAUUCUUGUAAAGCAAAGGCCCCAGGACGUGGUUCAUAAACGAUUGAAAUGUUGCGGAGCCUCCUUGUAGGCCGAAGGGCAUAACCAAAUAUUCAAAUGCCCCUAAAGGGGUGAACAUAGUGGUUUUCCAUUCAUCCCCCUUCCUUAUUCGUACCAGGUUGUACGCCCCCCUUAGGUCCAGCUUUGUAAAAAUCUUUCCCUUCCGCACCCUUGUCAAAAUGUCGUCAAUCCUGGGCAUAGGGAAGGCUACUGGUUCUGACACUGCAUUUAAGGCCCUGAAGUCACACACCAGCCUCGGCUUGUUCGUGUUUUUCUUAUCCACAAAAACACUGGGCUGCCCCCACCGCCCUGGACUCUCUGAUGAACCCUCUCUUCAGGUUCUUGUCAAUGAACUCUCUUAACUCCUGCAUCUCUCUGUCUGACAUGGCGUACAGCUUGCCUACAGGGAGCUGUUGAUUUGACAGUCAAAGGGUCUAUGCGGGGGUAGUUGGUCAGCUUCCCUUUCGCUGAAGACGUCACGGAGAUCUGCAUAUUGUCGUGGUACCUUCACGUUCUCUGUUACUUCAGUCCCUGCUAGGGUGGCUUGGACCCCUGCCAAACCCUUUCCCUCUUUGCAGUGUUCUAAGCAAUGUGCUGAACCAAAAGAAACCACUCUCUGAUGCCAGCCUACCAGCGGAUCAUGUAACGCUAGCCAGCUCAUCCCCAAUAUAAUGGGAGCUCCUCCCAAGGUGGCCACAUUAAAAGCUAUCAGUUCGGUGUGCCUUGCUACCUUCAUUAUCAUUGGGACGGUCUGCAAGCUGACUUCUCCACCCAACAGCUCCCUGCUAUCGAUCGUGGUCACCUGCAGGGGGCUGCUUAAACGGAUUGUCUGUAUCUGGUGUUCAGCUGCAAACUCUUUGCUCAUGAAAUUGCAGGAGCUGCCUGAGUCCAACAGCGCCUUUAUCUUUAGAGGGUGUCCGUUUGGCAGCUCUAGCGUCACUUCUAUCACUAGGGCGGGUUUAGGAGGUUCUGGCGUGGGCACUCUCACUGCUCUUUGGCCUGGCUGCUGUGCCUGACAGUGGCAGCCAGGCGUUGGCUUUACUUGCUCCGGUAUAUUUUCCUCUCUUCCAUCCACAGCCCCUACCAUCCCUUGCCAUUCUUUCCUCUGGGGGCAGACUCUGGCAAAGUGACCUGGCUGUUGGCAGAGAUAGCAUUUCCGGGCGCCUUUUCCCUCCUUCUUUGCCCCCUCACUGGGCUUUGAAACUGCGCGCGCGCCGCUGUUCCGAUUUCCAUCGGCUCUGCCGGUGGGAAAGUUGGCUCUGGAAUGUCUGGAAUGCGGAACUCCUUCCAACGUUCCCCUUUCCCUUCCCGCCUCUCCAAUGCUCUCGCCUCCUGGCGCGCUCCUAUGGCCAGCGCUGAUUUGGUCAGCUGGUCCAUAGACUCCGCCCUGGGCGCCCGGGAAAGUUCGUCUUUCACAGCCGAAGAAAGCCCUUCUUCAAAGAGCAUUUGAAUGGGUUCCGCCGAUAAGUCCCACCCCAAUCUGUGAACAAGCAUGGUGAACUCAGUCCAGUACUCACGGACAGAUCGGCUCCCCUGUUUGCAACCCAUUAACUGUCUGCGCACCACUCCCUUUUCAAUAUCGCUGGAAAACAUCAGAUCCAUGGCGCGAAAGAACUUCAUCGUGUCUUUUAAGACGUCACUAUUCGCUGCCAUCAGGGGUCUAACCCAGUCUCUCGCCCCCUUUUCAAGAUGCUCAAUCACGAAAGCCACUCGUGAUUCCUCGUCAGGAAUUCAUCAAACUGCAGAUUGAGGGCAUAUUGCAUUUCUGUCCGAAAACCAUGAUAGUUUUGGGCUCCCCCAAACUUCUGCACCAAUCCUGGUACCUUUCUGGCGAACUGGGUGGCUUUCCCCCUUUGUCUGCAUCCUGAGCCCUCCUCUCCUCAAGCCUCGCCGUCUGCAUCGCUAGCUGGACCUCCAACAUCUGGUACCUUUCUUCCAGGCUUGGACCCGCUCCAGCUCCUGCUUCUCCGGUUCCGGCUGGGUUGCUCAUGAUACCUUCUCCUGCACAAGCUGCUUUCAAAGACUGUCGGAAUGCUGUGAUGGGAUGAUGAGCUGCUUGUGCGUAAAAUCGUAUCCCCUCAGAGUUUGUUCAAGUCCACAAACCUCUGUCUGUGACAGAGCCCCUCAGACAUGGCUACUCUAGUCACUAGCAGAUUCCGACAGUGGUUGCUUUCGUAAUCGCUUCCAACAUAAAAGCUCCUUAACGGAAACACGUCUUCUGGAAUCUCUGCGUGACAGUUUCCGGCGAGGAGUGGGUGUUCUUACAGGAGGUCCUGAAACCUCUCCACUGUUUUCGCUGGAAGUGUCUCUGAGCCAUCCCUCCAGCUCAGCUCCUCUCCCCCUGCUGGUUCCCUCAUCAGCUGCUGCGUCUCUCCCAACCUGUGUGAGCCCUUUCACCUCCCUGUUGGUUUCCUCUUCAGCUGCUGCGUCUCUCCCAACCUGUGUGAGCCCUUUCACCUCCCUUCCGUCCGAUGGCAGUUCCCUGACAAUAUGCAUUGAUCCAGAAAAAUGAAUUGGUGAAUAAGUUAGGUUUUUGGAAGUUUUCUCUAAUGAACGAAGGAAUAAAUGAACUUUAUUACAGUCACAGACCAGCAUAAGAAAAAAUAUAACUAAAAUACCAGUUAGCAUUUAGACAGAUAAUUGUUAAAGCAAAUAAGAACAAAGAAACAGGCAUUGGAUAAAACAUGUGAAUAGAAUAUGAGAUUAAACAUAGAUAAUGGAUGGCUAAAAACUGAUAAUUAAAACAGAUAAGAACUAAAAGACAUGCAGUUAAAACAACUAUAAGAGGUAAAACUUAAGGGAAUACAGACUUCAUUUAAUCAGUGGUUGGAUGAGGCUUUUACACAGCCUGUGUGGUCGCAAAGAAGAUGAAACACAUUGAAGAGGAGGAGGUGGCAGUGAUGCUGAGGGAAGCCUCUUAUGAGUCAUCCUCUCAUGCUAUUGGCAGCACAGCGGGUCAUCUUGCUUUGUGACUCCAGACUUGUGGUAGGAACCUAAGUCUGGGCAAAUUUUCUUUGCUGGCUGCAACAGCUCAUCAUCUAGGAGGUUAGGGAGGCAGUGUUACACUGGUGGAGGUGGAGCAGUAUAGCCAUUCCUGCUUUUAUUCUAUGGCUUAUAGGGUUGGGCCACAAAGAAAUAAAAGUAGGCAUUAUUACCACUCUCUGGGAAGGUCCCAUCAUAAGAGAAUCAACAGAAGCUGCAGAUUCCUCUGCUCUAGCUCCACUUCCCAGCUUCUCUAGGGACUCCUCUUCCCUGAUUUUUCUAUCAACCUCUCAGGGGCUAAUCCACCCCUUGCCUCCUGAAAAUAUGUUCAGCAAAGUAUUGCAUAUUUUCAACAUAUUCUAUCUGAGACUAUUUAAAUUUAAUUUGGGCAGAAUGUUGUGUUUUAAUAUGCUUUUUUAUUAUUUAGCGUGGUGGGAAAAUGCAGCUACUUCACGUUUUUCAAGAAGAUUUCAUUUUGAAUAAUCAUGAAAAUAGACUGUCUGAGAAAAACACCAUGUUACCUGACUCUGGUAAAGCGUCUUUAGUAACUUCUCAAUACAAUGGCAUUAUGACUGUGUAACAAUCUGUGGAAAUAUGAAAUCUAAAGCAGUGAUUGUAUUCUAAUUAUAGUAAGAAAAUGGGAUUCCUGUCCCGUAAGCAACAGGCUUAUCCUAGCAUACUGUUAAUAUUUUAGAGCAGUGAUUCCCAAACUUGCCCCCAUGGACUACUUGAUGAUUGCUGAAGGUCUUGGUGGACCACUUAAAAAAUUUUCUACCUGCUGUAGCAGUUGUAAUGUGGUGUGCUGUUGCGGUAUGGUUUUAAUUGUCUUUUUAUUUUAAAAUUUAAAUAUCUUACAGAUUCUAUGGAAUGAUAAGUGUUCUGAAAUGACUAUACUAACUUCUGUUUUUUUUGACAGUUUAACUUGUAUACUAUUAGUUAUAAUUGUGUCUCCUAAAAUUCAUUUUUAGUCUUUAAAAACAAAAUAGUUUCACAAAUGUUCGUGUCCACAAGGCAUAUCUGCCAAAGAUUUCCCAUGCUGGCCAAUGCAGAAGGCCAAAUGUUGCUAAGAGCCAAACUAAAUGUCGUAAUUGCCUCUAAAGCAGGGUUUCUCAAACUGGUCAAUGAGCUUCAUUCAGGUGGUCUGUGUCUGGAUUUGUGGUUGAAGAUGGGAGACACCACAUCCAUCCCAUUUUUCAUACUGAUUGUUAAUUGUAUUUUAUUGCUGCUUUUAUUUCUUUUAUUGUAUUACAGUUUAAUUUUAUUCUCCUCUCACUCCGCUGUGUAUGUAAACCAGUUAUUGUACAGGCUUCAGUCUAGAAAAGAGUAAUCUGAAAUUCUGAAUAUGUAGUCCUUUUGUUCAGAAGCUGCUAUUCUACAGUGCCAAAUUGCCAUGGCAUGUAUAAUCAUUUGUAUAUUUUUAAAGGGACUUGUUGGAUUGAGUUUGAACAGCAUUCCAUUCCCAUGUUUAGAGUCAGCCCUUAGUUCCCAGAACUCAUGCAUCAUUAGAAAAUUGCAUUUUUUAAUUUUUAUUUUAGUGUGGCAAAAGUAAACGAAUUUUCAACAGAGCCACAUUGAAGGAAGAGACUUAAAUCCCUAGCUACCAUCACAGUGAAAAUCAUCCCUCCCACAUAUGGGAAAAGUCCCUUUUUCACUUCUGGGAGCUUUUUCCUCUCAAAGCCAAUUUGGGGUGGUUGUGUGAUUAUAAAUGGCAUUUCCGUGCGCUCUGGUUUCCAUCACAGUGUCCCAUUGCUCCAGAAGCGGUUUAGUCAUGAUGGCCACAUGACCCGGAAAGCUGUCUGUGGGCAAAUGCCAGCUCCUUCAGCCUGAAAGCAAAAUGAGCGCUGCAACCCCAUAGUCACCUUUGACUGGACUUAACCAUCCAGGGGUCCUUUACCUUUACCUUUACCCAGGCUUCCUCAAGCUUGACCCUCCAGAUGUUUUGAGACUACAGUUCCCAUCAUCCCUGACCACUGGUGGUCCUAGCUAGGGAUCAUGGGAGUUGUAGGCCAAGAACAUCUGGAGGGCCGAGGUUGAGGAAGCCUGCCUUUACCUAAUCAGAAUACUGUUUUGGGAAGUAAAAGCGGAAUCUUCCCUUCUUGUGUGCUGAGAACCUGAUGAAAAUCACUCAUGCUCUUAUUAUUAUUAUUAUUAAUAAUGUUUUUCCUAACGACACCUUUACUGUCACAUCUUGUUUGGCUCUUAGCAACACGGAAAUCAGUAUGACUUACUCUGAACUAAUUGUGCAUAGAAUUGUGGCCUAAGGCUCAAUUUUUAUUCUCUCUCAUGAAAUAAUAAAUCCCUUUGCAAUGUAUGGAACCAGGUGUACCAGAGUAUCUGGCUUGUUAAAUAUUGUGUGUGUGUGUUUGUGUGUUUGGUGUAUGAAUGGCCACUGCUAAUAAAAUAAAAUAGCACGAUUAACACCAUAUUGUACUCCCAUUACUCUGCACCCCCGUUUCUUUCUGACUUUAUUGUUCUCUGCCCCCUCCAAAUGUUUAUAUGUACUUACAACCCAGGAUAACAUUUCAUGCAUCUGAUAAGUGGACUGGAUUCCGUGAAAGCUUGUGCCAUACUAAAUCUGUGUCAAAAACAGGAUUCCUUAACAAGUAAAAAACUCUGUAGUUUUUUAUACAAAGGAUGGUCCUUCAAGUAUAUAAAUUGAAUGCAUACAUACCAUAAAACAGAGGGAUGAACGUUAUCCAGUCAGUUGUUAACAACUGCUGAAAUUAUCCUCUACUAAUAACUAAAUCUGUCUACAUUUUUGCAGGAUAUCAGAAAAAUGGGUUUUCUGAAAACUUCUAUUUAAUAGUAAUUGAACAUACUCAGAACUGUUCAAUGUUACAUAUGUGGAAAUUACAUUUGAAGUCCAUACCAGUCUCAAUAGGUAGGUUAUUUAUAUUUGUAAUGUAAAUUUUAAAGUUAUAAAGCACAUUUAUUGAUAGAAUGCUUGCUUAUUUUGAUUAUUAUUGCAAUGCUGUAGUUCAAUAAUAUUUUUGGUUCUUCUUCAAAUGUGUGUGUGCGCGCGCGCACGCACGCAUGGGAUUUAGUUUUUCUUUUUGUCCUUGCCUCAAAAUCUUCUCAAAUAAGCUAUCCUUUAUUAUAAAGUUUCUACAUUGCUACUUCCCUGCUGCUUCAUCACUAAGAAAAUACUAGGUCAUAGUAUGACUUGAUGCUAGUUUGGAGGAAACAAACAGUGAGCCUGGGUUCAAACAACAAAACAAAGUAGAUUUUAGCUUGUCAGUGAUGCAGCAGCAGCAGCGUGGAAAGAGGAAGGGAGGCACACCGAGAGAAUUCUUGGAAGAUGCAACCCAGGCCAAUAUUAGUAAAGUAAAACAAGUCAUUUUCAGUCUGUUUGUGUCUGCCUAAAAAGCAAUGGGUAGAAAUCCAGCCAUGGGUAGUUUUCAGUUAAACAUAUUGCAUGUGUUUGAUUUUAAACAGGCAAUUAAGCACACCUCCUGUUGAAAGUAAGGGCUGAAUCAUAUCCAGUGUUUGGGUGCAGCCUAAUAUUUUUAAAAGAGCCUUAAAAGGUGCUUCGUAGCGCUAAUUUGAUCAAUACAAAUAUGGCAGUUUGCAUUGGUGCAAAUAAUCCAAAAUGAUUGCGUUGUGCAGAAUGGUGCAUUGUAGACAGCAUAACAUUUCCAGUACAAGAAUGAAUACAUUACAGUUCUUAAAUCAUUUAUCUUCAGACUGUCAUGUGAGGUAUGUUAGUCUUGAAACAAUUUGCUGUGGGCUACCCAUUUUCCCGUAUCUGAAAGAAGAACUCUGUCAACAGCUCCAUCUGAUAAUUUGGCUAUUAUUGCUAUGUGUGGCUUUGAAAAGUCAAGUUCACUAUCUCUAGGGUCUGCCUAUGUAGAGCUUAUGGGGACAGAAUGUGACUGUUGCCCCUUGCUAAUGUAUUUCAGUAUUAAAAUAUAGUAUACAGACUACUAAACCGUUACAUAAAUAGUUGUAACAGCUUGCGGAUACUUGAAGUCUUAAGAGUGCCAAGGGUAGUUCAUGAUAGCUGUUACAUGACCCCGAGCUCACAAACAUGUUAAACCCAUUGAAAGAAAAUAGGUCAACAUCAAUGCAAGGAUUAGGCUAGAAUUUGAAUACAUGGGGUAUAGAUUUUUAUUAUUUUAUUUUUUAAAAAAAACCUGCUUUUAUAAUACAUCUAGCUAAAAUGUCCACUUUCUUUAGAUGAAAAAAUAGACUCCAAGGCAUGUGAAGCAGCAUCUCAAGAAGAGCUUUACACUUCUCCAGAUCAAGAGAAGCUCCAGUCUUCCUUUACUCAGAAAUAUCAAGCCUGCAAAGAGAACCUUCAAAGUACCAGCCAACUUACUCUUUCUUCAGAAAUUGUCUAUAGUCAAGAAUUGAAUUUACCAGAAGGAGUAGAGAUCAUAAGCAUCAAACCAUCAGCAGGUUUGUAAUUUAGGGGGGGAUUGUGGGUGGGUGGGGGGUAACUUUGGAUUUACAGUGGUAUCUCGGUUCUCGCACUUAAUCUUUUCCAGGGGUCUGUUGAACUCCCGAAACCAUUAAAAAAACAAGUUGCGGCUUCUGAUUGGCUGCAGGAGCUUUCUGCACUCAAUUAGAAGCUGCAGAAGCUGCAUCGGACAGUCGGCUUCCAAAAAACAUUUGCAAACCAGAACACUCACUUCUGGGUUUGCGGUGUUUGGCAGCCAAUUUGGGAGCCAAGCCAUUCAAGUAUCAAGGUACCACUCUAUUUGAACGUCCUGAUUUCGGGGGGGGGGUGGUCCAGUUUGGAAUUCUGUAUUUUUCUUGUUAUACUUUAUUAAACUUGUUGAUCAUUUAAUGCUGAUCACUCCUAGGAGAUUUACAGUAUUUUAAAAAAUAUAUUUAUCUGCUAUCCUGAGGGUUUCUUUCUUCCUAAUUUCAGGUCACCUGAGUUCUUCUUCCAUUUAUCCUGUAUGUCGUGCACCUUAUCUUCUGGCAACUUUAUGCUCAGAUGGUAAGGUUAGGUUUUGGAGGUGCAGAUUAGCAGUGGAAUCAGGUGUGACUUCUGUAGCAGAGAGUAUUACGAACAGUGGCAUGUAUAUAUGGGAAGAAUGGCCAUUACUAAUAGAAGAUGGACUUCUUAGCAGUAGUGCUCUUUUUGUGCCAGGCCAAGCUCUGGAAAUCAGCUGUGCACAUACAAAUCGCUUAGCUGUGGCCUAUAAGCGAACACCAACUGUAAACAGUCGUUCAUCUCAAGACUUUUUGGUGACGGUUGGAAUUUUUGAAUGCGAAUCUACAGGAGGCUCUUGUUGGAUAUUGGAACAAACGCUUCACUUAGAUGAGCUAAACCCAACAUUGGACUCUUUGGGUGUUGACAGCAGUUCAGUGAUAGAUGGAAAUGAGAAUUUAAUACCUAGAACAAAUCAUAUGGUUCACUUAGACUGGAUGUCUAGAGAAGACGGCUCGCAUAUCCUAACAGUAGGCAUUGGGGCAAAGCUGUAUAUGUUUGGUCAGCUGUCUGGGAAGAUGCAAGAACAAAGUGGUAAGGAGAUGCUCGUAUUGCCUGUGUGGGAAAAUGCUAAAACGUCAUGCUCUUCUAGAUUUAUAUUGCUAAGAUGUGUGGAUUUAGUUUCAUCAGUAGAAGGUUCACCGCCUUUACCUGUUUCUUUAUCUUGGGUUCGUGAUGGCAUCCUCGUAGUUGGGAUGGAUUGUGAAAUGCAUGUUUAUUCUCAGUGGCAGCCCCCUACAAAGCAAGAACCUGUUACUCUAGACUCUUACAGUGGGAGUACACCAUCCAUAAUAAGCUUAAUGAAACAAAGUCAGUCAUCUGGUGGUCACCCACCCAAGAGGACAUUGACCAGAUCCAUGACAAGUCUCGCUCAGAAACUGAGUGGGAAACGAACUGUAUAUGAUCUGUCCCUGGAGAUGGAAGAUUCUGGCCUCUUUGAAGCAGCUCAUACAUUAUGUCCUACUUUACCUCAGUACCAUCCUAUGCAGCUUUUGGAACUCAUGGAUCUAGGGAAAGUGCGUAGAGCAAAAGCCAUCCUCUCUCAUCUUGUGAAAUGCAUUGCUGGAGAAGUUAUUGCCAUUGACGAUCCUGAGCAUGAAAAGCGGUACCGUUCUCUCUCAAUCUGUGCCAGUGGGAGCAGUACGCGGGACCCCAUGACAUUUAGCAAAUGUACUAUUACAGACUAUACAGAAAUAGACUCUGUUCCACCACUACCUUUAUAUGCAUUGCUUGCCGCAGAUGAGGACUGCUCAUAUACAUCAUGUACAGAGAAGUCGAAUAACCAAAGAACCCUUAAGAAGCAAGAGGUGGCAGAUGAAAACUAUGACGAUCUCUUUCAGAAUUCCAAUCUACAUACGGAUGAUCUCACUAUGUUUGAAGUAGAUGAAGAAGAUAAAAAGCCAAAGGUUAUUGAUCUUUCUCAGUACAGUCCAACUUACUUUGGACCAGAGCAUGCUCAAGUUCUUUCGCGGCACUUGCUUCACGCUAGCUUACCCGGUCUCACCAGGAUGGAGCAGAUGUCUUUGAUGGCCUUGGUUGAUACAAUUGCCAUUACCAGCACUGAUAUAGGAGAAAGCAGAGACAAAAGCAAGGGUGAGUUUUCUCAUGAUUUGUUUAAAUGAGAUAUUCACCUUCUCAAAACUGUUUCAGAAUUUCUAUGUAUGCUUGUUUAGAUACUCAUCUGAUGUGCUAUAUACUUAAAAGUCCAUAGUUAAACCAAGCUUUAGAAAUCAAAUGAUAUCCAUUUGUCAGGGGAACAGACACCACUGGCAGAAUGGAGUCCUUCUCUCCCUCUGUGCCCCAGAAAACUGCUUGUGGAGAGAAGGUUGAGGACCCGGAGCAGAUUUUGGGGCAUGUGAACAGAGGCUGCAGGGGGCAGAGAAGAAGGGGACAUUCUGUUGUGAGAAUUGUGAUUGUGUGAUGUUGGAUGUGGCCCUUAGGCUAAAAACCUUUGAAUACUUCCCUGGAAUACAAUGGAACUUGGUUCUGAGUUAACAUGUUUAGAUUGCACUUUGAAAUACAAAGGCCAAUACUUUUAUAAUCCAUUAGCUAGUGUUGCUAAUAGUCACAGAAUGUAUCUGUUUAUUAUGAAAGGGUUUGGAAGUCUAUGAAAUCUGAGGGACCAAAGUAGGUGAAACUUAAUUCCACAGGCAUACUAUAGAAAGGAUUUAAUUGGAUUGGUUUUGAAGGAUACAGUGGUUUAUUGGGAUAUAGUUCAACUAUGGCAGCCCUUGUAGGCUUCAGCCCUUUAGGAACCUUUUAUACUUAUUUUAUAGUUGUCAGUUCUUACAUAUGGUUAGUUGAAUGGUUUCAGAAGUUGCCUCCCACUGAAACACUUGCUUAGGCAUAUAACAUGAUAGCUGCCCUCUGAGAAUCAAAGAGUUCUGUGAAUGAAAUAGAGCAGUUACAGCUUUUGAUUUAGUGGUAGGUACUUAGAGAUGAGGGAGAGAGUCAUUCUAAGCUACCCAAUGUUGUAUCUGGACUGUAUUAUUUUGCAAAUAUCCAACAUUCAUCUCCUUUGUAUCCAGACUAUAUUCCUUCUGGAUGUAAUAUGUAACACAAUUGUGCACUGAAAAAUAUCACAAUAUAAUUACGCAGGACUUCAGCUAUACUUAUUGCCUGUGAGCAAAUUAAUGAACACUAUAAUUGUCUACAAUAUUAAUUUAGAAUAGUUUUUGAUUGCUAGUAAAUCAGUUUUUACUGUACACUGGUUUCCUGACAUUAUAAAAUUGUUGAACCAUGUGUUCCUAAUGCGAUUUAAAUGAUGUGAAACAAGAUGAGGGUGGAAUGAAUAUCUACAUUUUCCAUGAAGAAUUAAAUUAUAUACACUGAACAUUUAAUCAUAGGAGGAGAAACACUUGAUGAAUGUGGUUUAAAGUUUCUUUUGGCUGUACGUCUUCACUCAUUUAUGACAACUUCGCUGCCACCUGCUCACAGAGCCCAGCUCCUUCACCAAGGUAAUGGUUUUCACUCUGCCUAUGGUAUCAGUUUUACAUUAUGUAGGGCAACAUUUUUAGAAACAAUUGAUUUUUGAGGAAAUGUUAGCCUUCGGGAGCUCCGUCAUUGUGCUGAUGUAGGCUUUCAUAGUCUCCACUGAGCAACUGGAUUUCCUUUGUAUGAUUGCACAACUAGGGCUGCCUGGACAAUUGCUAUUUUGGCUUGGUUUGGGGCUCUUCAUGUAAUGCAGGUAUAUGGAACCUCAGACCCAGGGACCAGAUGUGGCUCUCAAGGCCUCUCAGUUAGCCUCUAGGAUUCUCCCCAAGUCAUCUACCCUCUUCACUUCACAUCCCCUCACUGGCACUGACUGCUUCAUGCUUUUGCCUGACUGGAAUGUGUCGUUUAACUCUUAAUAAUGCCUCUUGUUUUCCUGAAUGGAGUGAUGUGGUCUGACUUUGUAGGCUAUAUUCUAGCUACCCCAAAGUAAGACUGUGGCCUUCAGACUGAAAAAAGUGUUCCCAUCCCUGAUGUAAGGAUUAUGGGGGCUUCAUAGAGAUUGGCAUAAUUCUGUGUUCAAUUUAACAAUCAAAUGCCCAUGUAACAUAUUUAGACUGGCAAAUCUAAUGUGCAAAAAGCCAAAUGAUGUGAUGUGGAUCCCUUGGAUGUUAUCCUAAGAUCUCCAAAGUCUUCUGAAACGUUGAUUACAAGAAACAAAAAAAUAAGCAUUUAGCAUGAUAGCAUGUUAUAAAUUAUACACCUGUAACAAUAUAAUCUCUUUGAACAAUUUAGGCUUAUCUUCUAGUCAUUUUGCCUGGGCGUUUCAUUCAGUAGCAGGAGAAGAACUGCUAAACAUGCUUCCUGCAAUGCAAAAAGGUGAUCCAACAUGGUCAGAGCUCAGAGCUAUGGGUGUAGGAUGGUGGGUUCGAAAUACCCAUAGCUUACGGAGAUGCAUUGAGAAGGUAAAUACUUUGAUAGCAUGUUGCUUUAUGAUUUUGGAAUGUUCUUAAGCAAAAGCAUCCGUAUUUUCAGCAUGGGUAACUAAAACUAAAAUGUGUACUUUCUAUAUAUUUUACCUUUUUAAUAGGAAAAAGAUAAGUAGAUAAGAAAAGAAAUACAGUGGUGCCUCGCAAGACGAAAAGAAUCCGUUCUGGGAGUCUCUUCGUCUAGCGGUUUUUUCGUCUUGCGAAGCAAGCCCAUUGAUGGGAUUAGCGGAUUAGCGCUUUUAGCGGCUUUUAGCGGCUUUUAGCAGCUUAUCAGCUUAUCGGAUAAGCAGAUAAGCGGCUUAGCGACUUAGAAAAAGAGGGGGGAAAGGAAAAAAAACACCCAGGAACUCGCAAGACAUUUUCGUCUUGCGAAGCAAGCCCAUAGCAGAUUCGUUUUGCGAGGCACCUCCAAAACGGAAAACUCUUUCGUCUAGCGAGUUUUCCGUCUUGCGAGGCAUUCGUCUUGCGGGGCACCACUGUAUAAAAGACAAAUGAACCAAUUUAGACAAAUGGAAAGGAAGCUUAGUCCUGCAGUCAUUGAUAGUCUGAGAGGAGAAGGUGGCAUGUAUCACCUUUACCAGUAAAGCCAAUGGAAAGGAUCUUUCACACUCAGCCUUUUCUGCUAAAUCAGGGGCGAGGAACUGGAUCCACCCAGUGAGCUAGAUCCAUGAUUUUCAACAGGUGGACAGGGCCACUUACCUUUCUAUCACUGGGCAUCAUAUGAUUCACCUUUAAAGGUGAUAAGGUGAUUCAGUUGUAAGCACACUCAUAAGUGUUCUCUGAUUCAUUCUUUCUCUUUUUGAAGCCCCUGCUUAAUUUAAAGCUGGGACUGCAGCGGAAGAAAAUAUCUUUUCAACUGUAUUUUAAGCCCAGACCACAUUUUCAAAGAUCUCUGCCUGCGUUUGACGCUGAAUUUAAAUUUAUGGUUGUGUAACCAUUGUGUAAUGGUUGUAUUUGGAAGGCCACACAUGUAUGUUCACAUCCUGCAAGUGAAAGACCAGGAGAAGGCCCUGAGUUUAACUUCUCCCUUUUUAAAAAAGGGUUUCUUCUUGUAAUGUGAAGGGAGAUUCCGUAGUCAAGCAAACACUGAUUUUCCUAGUUCAAUCAUUCCAUACAGUGAAGGGAGUGGGGAGCCAGGUAUGAGAAUCUGUCCCUGAUCUCUCUUCCUGGAUUUUGAGGAUGCAUGAGGGGAGGGGUAGAAGGCAAAGUCCAAUUGCACAAACUGAAGUCCAUUCUGUUCACACAUGGACAGUGUUGGCUACAAACCAUUAAUUCUCAUUUAUCAUAGGCAUUGUACCACGUGUUUUCAGGUUGCUUUUUUGUUGUUGCAAGACAUUGUAGGAAUUUAUUUUAAUUCAUUUUAAUGUCAUUCAGCUCAUACUAUGUCCCUUAAGAGGAAGGCACAUUUGGCAAACCCUCACCAUGAUCAACCCCCGCCCCGAAACCUAUGUUCCCACUGUGGAAGGAUGUGUGGAUCCAGAAUUAGCCUCCACAGUCAUUUACGUUAAGACCGUGUUCAUGGCUAUGAGUGAUUGCCGAAGAAGAAGACUUAUAAAGACUCUCCUCCUGGAAGAGAGGGGAGUGGUUGUGGGCGGGAGCCGAGCUCCGCCUCUAGCAGGGGGCGUUAGCCCGCUGCCUCCCACUCACCUGGCUGGCGCCCACGCCCAUCGGCAGGCACCCAACCAGGUGCCUCCGAGGGGGCGUGUACAGCAGCCUAAAUGCUGCGGCGCCAGCCCCUCCUCGGCUGUAAUCAAUAAAGUUGUGGCCUUUUCUUGCCCAUUAACCUUAUAUCAUGUGUCCUUGUGUAUUCAUUCCACUUUGCGGGGAUCGGGUCCUCGAACCACAACAAUGAACAGCACUGACAUAAAUGUUUUUACCUUGACUCAAAUAUUAUUGUUCAGUAUUGCUUGCAGUCCUCUAGAUAGAAAUGUAUGAAAUCUGUAAUGCUUAGGUACACCAUUAUCUUUACAGGUCGCUAAAGCAGCCUUUCAAAGAAACAGUGACCCCUUAGAUGCGGCCAUUUUUUACCUUGCAAUGAAAAAGAAGGCUGUGAUUUGGGGAUUAUACAGGUAAAGAUUUAUAACUGGAUUUAAUUCAAUACAUGUGGAUAAUUAACUUGGUUACUUUUACUUUUUUUACUAUAAGUUUUUGAAGCUUCUGUGAUUUCCAGUAGCUGUUCAUUACUGAUGUCAUAGCACACCUGUUCUGCCAAUAGUAUUACAAAGGCCAACUUGCAAGCAGGAGUCAAAAAAACUCAGGUGCCUGAAAUAGAACUUUAAAUAUUAUGGCCCCAAAUAGGAAGUAUGUUUUCUAGUCCCACUUACAAAGACAUUCAGGAAGGUGUAGUUCUAGCUAACCUUAAGCUGGCAGCAUAGGACCUUUAUUUAACAAGCCCUUUCUGAACCCUGGUAUGUUGGAUAAGUUUUGACUAGUCAUACUGGAGGUGUUAGAUUCCUUUUAGCACCUUUGCCAUUGAUGCAUGGUCUACUUCAGGAAUCUGUUCUGUCUCCCAUGUUGUUCAACAUCUCUUUGUGUUAACUACUGAGAGAAGUCAUUUGAGGAUUUUGCAUGCAGGUGACGUGCAGCUCUGUUACUCUUUUUCAUCUAUUACCAAGAAAGCUGUUGGGGUUCUAGCUGGUAGCUCUGAAUUGUACAUUUUGUUCAUCACUACUAAAGGAUCAAAGCCUGGAGCAAGUUUAAAACAACAACAACAAAACACUUAGGGCUAGGACUAUCAUAAAAAUAGAGGAGAGACAGACAAAAUGUGAGAAUAUAAAUGGCUCUUUUUUUAACAACAGCAACUCAGAAAAAUGGACUCUUCAAAAAAAAUGGGGAAUACAGGGAUUACUUAAAAUACAGUACUGAUAAACUGAGUUAGAUCACACCAGGGCCAGGAGGGGACUAGAAAGACUCACACUGAGGAGAAACAUAUAGACCACAGUCGCAACUCAGAAACAAAAACAGGAAUGAUAGACAAAGACUAAUGGUACAAAGUAACAGACAAGCAAAUGUUGAAAACUAAUUGCACACACUGCAGUAUACCGGCUUGAGCCAUGGAAGACCUGACAGAGAAUACACUCAUCAUCUGCUUCACUCAAAGGCAUGAAUGAUCUGAUGAUAGUUUCAGACUGAGUAAAAUCUAGAAACUUAGGUAUUUUGAAGCAAAACAGUGUUCUUUUCUUCAUCCUUUAGGUGAGCUUGAGACCCAUGAGAAAACAUAUUUGCAUGCACAUAGAAAUAACUUGCAGAUAAGACCAAUGGUCCUGUCUUUUCCUAAGUAUAGAAAUUUUCAGAAGCAAGUUGAAUUGCUGUUUGAACUUUGAGUAGGGUCUACCCUGUGGUAUUUGGAUAAUAUGCUUACCAGUAUUUUUUCCCCCUGGAUGCUCCUGAACCAAUCACUUACUUAUUAGAAUACGUUCUGAUUUAAUCAAGUGUAUUAAAUAUUUGCAUUUUCAGAUCUCUAAAUGACACUAAGAUGACGCAGUUCUUUGGACACAAUUUUACUGAAGACAGAUGGCGUAAAGCUGCAUUGAAGAAUGCUUUUUCACUGCUAGGCAAACAACGCUUUGAACAUUCUGCAGCAUUUUUCUUGUUGGCUGGUCACCUGAAAGAUGCUGUUGAGGUAAGUAGGAUAAAACUACCUUUUGAGACUAGUGAUAAAUAUUUAGAACAGGGGCUAUAACUAUUACCAUAAUUAUGUAAUGUGCUGUUACAGGAAAAAUAUUAGGCUUGAAUUCUUAAAAGAAAAACAUCAUUGGCUUGGCUUACUAUGGUUAAAGAUUUCAAAUGCCUCUGUACUUUGAAUCAAAGAAGGGACUGUGACAUCAUCUCCAAUGCACUUAUGAUUUUUCUCUUUAACCCAGUGUUCUACUCAUUUCAAAAUGUGCAUAUUGAUAUUCAUGUUUUCAAGUUAGUGACAUUGUACUGCUUAAAAAAUAACCUAUUUCAAGGACUUAGCUACUACUGGCAUUAAGGUACUGGGUCUAGGCUUGUCUUUUUCUUUGAGUCUUGUGUAUAUAACUUUGACACUUUGUAUUUACUGUUCUCUGGUAAUCAACAUACAUUUGUAAUAAAUAGUGAUUACAUUUAGGUUUAGCGGGCACUCCCCACUCUUCCACCAGUAAGAAAAUUAAAAGCACCCACUUCGAUUUUCAACAAACUGCAGUUGGUCAUUUCAUAGUUGUCUGAACAAGCCAAUUUCAGGCUCUGGUUUCUGAUUCUGGCUUUUGGAGAUAAGCCAUAAUUCAACUAAUUGCAGUUCCAAAUUCAGACAAAUCAAUAAACUGCAGUUAAUUGAAAACGGACGCUGUAGGUAAGAACAGUAUUUAUUGGGGGGAAAAGCUUCAUAAGCCAGCUUUGUUUUUAAUUAGCUUGUUGGGUAUUAGGCUGAAUACUUUUCUGACAUUACUGCAAAAUAUCAGCAGGUAGAUUGUUUAGAAAGCUGUCCAAAUAAUGAGCUGUAAUCCAACAUUUGUUUUCCCUUUACAUAUUAAGUUUCUUAAAACAAAACCCAGUGGAGAUACAAAUUGACAGAAACAAUUUUUAAAAGUAAUCCUAUGUUUGUUUCAAAAAGGUCUGCCUAGAGAAACUAAAUGAUAUUCAAUUGGCUCUUAUAAUAGCAAGACUUUAUGAGCCAGAGUUUGAAGUAUCUGGAACUUACAAAUCAAUUCUACAGAAGAGAAUUCUGGGAAGCAGACAUCAUACUAAAGAGAGUCCAUCAAGCACACAUGCUGAUCCUUUUCUUCGGAGUAUGGCUUAUUGGAUUUUGGAGGAUUAUAGCCAUGCUCUUGAUACUCUUAUAAGCCAACCCAUUUUGGAUGAGGAAGGUAAGCUGGGACACUUUAUAUAUGCUGUUCAUUAGGAAACAUAUAAAGAAUCUAUCACCUGAAAAAAAUACCUUUUGAGUUUAUAUCAGUAAAAGACAGCAAAGAAUUGCUAUUCUGGUUCAGACUGGUAGUCCAGAUGGACAUUGUUCACAACAGUGAAUGAACAUUUAGCUACAUAAGAAAUGAAUCUCUCAACAAUGGAAUUAAGGGGAAAGUGGGCAGGGUCAGAAAGAAAAUCUGUCACCGUCUCAUUCUAGUUACAAAAUGGGAGCUUUGAGUGAUCAUUACAGUGCUGAUUCUCAGGUAUGUUACUAUGUAUUUGAAAACCUUUACUUUGAUAUGAUCAUAUCAUUUGAAGAAUAUCUGUAGACAUCUGCUAUUUACUUUUUCUCUUUGACAUGAACUUCUUUCUUCUGUAGAAACAAUAAUUUUUCAGAAAUACAAGUCUGUUCACAUGGUCACACUGGAGAAUAUGAGAAGAGAGCAAGAGUACAUGAGUACAAAGCGCAUUAAUCCAGCGUUCUUACACAUAAUGAUAAACCAAUUGUUUAUUGUUUGAAAUGGAGACAAUACUGAGCUAAAUGAAUUCAUGAUGUGAUUCUUUUUAUAAGGCAGAUACAAAUAUAAUUUUCUUACAUGUUUUGAAUAUAAACCUCUUGGGGAGUCCUACUGCACAUUAUAAACAUAGUGGUGGGAUAAUAUUACAUACAAUCGUAGUUCCAGGGGAUUUAUUGUAUUAGAACUGGAAAUGGUUAAGUUCUUUUAUGGAAUAAAUAAAUCAUUAACAAUAAUCUCUGAUGCAAUGUCUUUACAGAUGAAGGCAAUGUGUCAAGAUGUAACCCUUCAGUGUUCAAUUUUUAUAAUUACCUAAGGACACAUCCUCUCUUGUUGAGACGCCAUUUUGGGUCUUCUGACUUAUCUUCCACGAGGAUUUGUGUAACAGGAGAAAAUGGGCUGGCAGAUGAAAUCAAUUUAAGGGAAAGAAGAUUGUUUUUUACGACUGCGUAUGCUCACUUAAAAGCUGGCUGUCCCAUGCUGGCUUUGGAAGUGUUAUUGAAGAUGCCCAAAGUGGUAAAAAAGUCAAAGCCUUUAGGAAGAACAUCUAGCUUAAUGGACACUAGUAAAGGCUGCUCACCCUCUUCUCCAGGACCACUGGAAUCAAAGGAUAACAAACCUUUCAGCAUUGACUGGUCACAACCUAUCGUCAAUGGUCUGGAAUCAUCUUCAGAUGGGUCAUCAGGUAAACAUUCAAAUUCUGCUCUUUUGUUUGACUGGAGUCAACCGAGCACAGUUUUCCAGGAUGAGCCUUUUGAGCUAAAGUGGGACAGUGACAAAGAUGAUGAAAGUGAAGAUUGUAUUGUAAUGAAACCUUUGCAGAAGGAAGUGAGUGAGAAACCAAAUGAAGUUAGUUCUAGCUAUACAGAAACCUACAGUUCAGGUGCUGAAAAUGAGGUUUUCACUUCAUCAGAAGACAUCAUUUCUGCACAGCUGAAAUUUAGGGCAUGCUUGAAGAUCCUUACAGUGGAGCUUCGUACAUUAUCUACCGGCUAUGAAGUAGAUGGUGGAAAAUUAAGAUACCAGUUGUAUCACUGGCUUGAAAGAGAAGUGGUAGCUCUUCAGAAAACCUGUGACUAUAGUGUUGAAACAGAAGAUGUUCAGCCAGGAAUUAGCCCAGUAAUGGAUGAAGCUUCAUCAAAUGAAAUGACCGAAGAACUAUCAGACACACAGCAAAAUACACAGCAGAGAGAAUACCUUCAGAGAAGACAGUGGCUUGUAAAAUAUCAAUCACUUUUGCGAAUGUUUUUAAGUUACUGUAUCCUUCAUGGAUCUCAUGGUGGAGGCUUGGCAUCUGUACGUAUGGAACUGAUUUUACUGCUUCAAGAAUCUCAACAGGUAUGGAGUUUUCUCCUUGUAGUAUAGAUGUAGUAUUAAAAUAUGAAUAGUUAAGAGGAAAAGUAUAUUAUUGGCAAAAUAUAAUUAUAGUGCCCAGUAAUGUAUUUCUGGUUCAGUAUAUAAAGAUAUCUCUAUAAUUUCUUCAAAUAACACAUGUCUAAAUAGUUUUGCAUCUACACAUAAGUAUUUAACUAUCAUAUCUAGUAUCCUCACAGCUCUUUGAGGACGGGGAGGCAGAAGCUUCUCAGGAUUGGCUUUGCAAGCCAAAUUUGAUCCACCUGCCAGGUGUAUUACUUUGCAUGUCUCACCCUUCCCAUUUUAAAUUCCCAAUCUCAGAAGAUUAGCAGGGGGGUAUGGGGAGACUUGCACAGGCUUUAAGAAAGCCCCCAUGCUCCCAUUUCAGCCUGAAAUAGUAGCAUGGGGACUCUAUUAAAGCCCUUUCCAAAAGCGCUUUUUGAAGCACUCAACCAUUUCUCCUUUAAGUGAAGGGGGCAGCUGCAUAAAACUGCCCUUUUGGGAAGCGCUUUAAGGCAGUCCCCACACUCCUGUUGUAGCUGACACGGGAACAUGAGGGGUGCCUUACAUUACUUCACAAAAGGGCUGUUUGAAGCAGCUCACACACUUGUCCAGGUGGGUGGUAACUGGGGAGAGGGGAGGAGAAACUUCUUUUCUCCCCACUGCUGCCACUGGUGCCCACUUAAUUCCAGAAGUACAUGAACUGCUUUAAGAAGCAUUUUUGAGAAGUACUCUAAUCCCUGCUUAUCAGCUAAUAAGUGGAGAUUAAAAUCUUGCCUUGGCUGUACAAUCCUGUUCCUUGCUGAACAGAAGUAGAAAGUAUCCGUUUAUCUGGUGGUGUUAGCUGCUGGGUGGGUGAGCAUGAUUUGAGGGAAAUGGCCAGCAAGCAAAAUUGGACCCCCUGACAGGCAGAGAUUGGCCUGCGGGCUGGAGAUGCCUCACCCUUUUUCGGAUAAAGACAGGAGCAGUUUGUCAUGUUGAAGCUUACUGAAUUAUAAGUGAGCUUAUGUGUCAUGUGACAUUUCCUAUUGUAGCAACAGGAGGCUGACCUCCAUGCCACAUGCCACAAUAAUCAACUCAUUUUAGACAUGUUUUUUCUGUUUAUUGCACUGUCGCUUUGUUUACAAAGUAGACAGAUACAAGCAACAGUUUAUUCUAACUUUACUGGGACUAGUGCCUUCAGGUUGCUGAACUAGUUUGGCAAUCUUUCUGCUGCAUCUUCACCUUCCCACUGUUGUGUAUGUUGUGUAUGCAUUGAGUAGCUCCAAGAGCACAAAUUUGUCCUCUACCCUACUUCCAUCUGCAAUACUAGAUGGUCAGCAAUUAUUAUUUUUUGGGAGGGGGGGGAGGGCAACAUUUUUCAAUAUGGAUCUGCACAGCAGCAAAGCAGGAAUAACUUCAGUUUUGUGCAAAAGUAGACCCCUCUGGUUAAUAAAGCAUACUGUUGGAAGUACCAUUAUAUCACACAUGCAUUAUAUCCGUGCAUAUGGACUGAACUAUAAAAAUCACAGAUUCUGUGGGGGGGGAUCCUGUGAUUUCUAAAGGAUCUGUUCUCAUUCUCCCCUUUCAAAUUCCUCCUUUGAGGGAAAUAAGGCUUGGAAUGUCAGUUUCACCUCCCAUUUCUCAUUCCCCUUCCUCAAAAAACUAGUCUGAAGUCGACAGUUCAAUCCUCUACAUGUCUGCUCACAAGUCAGACCCAUUGAUUUCAGUUGGACUUGCUCUCAGAUAGAUGAAUUGUAAUCUUAAACAGUGACAUGGAGGACUACCUUAGCAAAAAGAUAAAAAUACAACAAGGGAGAAGCUAAGGCAGUCACAGCAAAAUUGCAUAAUUGAAGGACAUUAAAUGGUAAAGGGAGAUAAACCACCAAAAAGAGGCAACAGUGAAUCUACUCCCAAAAUUCUCUGCACAGGUAACCAUUGGCAAAGGUGCACAUGCUCUUAUAAGAGAGAAAAAAUGAUUCUGAAACUGCCACUCACUACUGUACCUCCCUCUGUAUACAUCACCACGUGGCACAGAAUUUCACAAGAGAAACAUGCUUCAUGCAACAUUCAUUGCUGUGUGUGGACACAAACUGGCGAUUUAGCUUAACACAAUUACUGUUGUUGCAAUGCCUAAAACUUAAUAGGGGCCAGCUUGAGGCAGAGUUUACUGCAACCAGAUCUAGAGAGAGCCCUCCAAUCUCAGGUCUCAAUAGUCAUUUGUUGGAGCUGGGGCUUAAAUUGAAAAUUCGGGGUGCAGCAGGUGAAAGUUUUGCUGAUCGGACAUGGAUCAUAAAUUAGCCUGGCCAAUUCAGAAACCUUACGCUCCCUGCCCAAUCACAAGGCCACUUUCAAAACAUCGCUUAUUCAAGAGGGCAAGUAAUUUGCCAGGCUGGUCACCAGCUUAUAUAAUAACAUACUGGAUUCCUGUUUAGCUUUGGGUAAUUUUUUGAGAGGGAAGAGGCAAACCAUUAACGUUAUCACUUCAAGUGUGUAUAUGUAUCAUCAGCAGGAAUUCCGUAAGAAGGAAGCAAUCACUGUUAAUAACCUAUGCUAGUAUUUCCAGAAUUCAGCUAUUAAAAUAUGCUUUCUAUUAUUCUCCCCACCCCCAAGGAACUGUUGCUUCAUUUGCCUACUAAUACCGUAUCUGAGCAGAGUUCAAUACCGCUUCUGUUUGCCUGUACUGCAAGUGCCAAAACCGUGGUGGCCAAUCCUUUGCUACAUCUUAGUAACCUGACUCAUGACAUACUACAUGCUAUAGUAAACCUUCAUGCGCCUCCCAGUCCAGAUGUACAAAAUAAUAAGGCAAGUCUUAUUACAAGUAACUUUCUUUUUUGUCUUUGAAUAAGUCUUUUUUUAACAAUUGAAAAUAUGGUGGGAUUCGACUAAGUUGCUGCGCAAGCGAAACAGGUUCCACUUGCACAACAGAACUUUCUUCUGUUUACGCAUACUGCACUAAAUGCUAUGUUGCAUUUCACCCGUUUAUAUCUACGCACAUGUAUUCCCUGGCACAAAAGUCUGCCCUUGGAAUUACUUUAAUUAAGACCACAUUGGUGCGAGUGUGUUUCGUUCAUUUUUAAAUAGAUGCUGGCACAUUACGUCAUGUGACAUACUGUGUUUGACUUGAUAAUUUGUUUCUGGAAACGAGAGGUUCCAACAUUACAUAAACAACAAUUCUUGCCUGAUGUGUAAUGUGUCCUCUAAAACUUUCUUCCAGAUCCAUGUAAUGCAUACGUUAGCUGCAUCUCUGUCAGCUUGCAUAUACCAGUCUCUCUGUGGUGGUCACAGCUACAGGUAAUGAUUUUUAAAAUAAAUGAAUGUGAGCUUUGAUGCUCACUGAGAGAAAUAAUUCCCUAUUUGCAGUCCUACUUAAGGUAUAAAAAUACACAAAUCUUUUUCCCCCAGCUUCUGCCUCUGUGUGUAUUCUAUGAUAAAGGGUUAUGAUGUUCUGUGGUCUUUUGAAGUAUUAGAUGUAAAUGGACAAACUUAAUUACAUCUCUUAUUUAACAGCUCUAUAGCUACUUAUGGUAAGAUAAUCAUUUGGUCCUUUUUACUAUUCAUACCUUCUGGAGAUGUAAGUUAUAGACCCCAGAUUCCACCCUUUUAUAUUUGCUUGUGACUCUGUAACCAGGUGGGUAGUAGGGGUAGAGUAGUAUAACAAUCUUUGAUUAAACCAGCACACAAAGUUUGUGCAUAACUACAAACUACAGUGUAAAAUAAGAUUCACAAACCAACUUCAAACCAUGAUGUAUGAUCCUGGUUUGCUUACCUCAAACCAUGGUAGCGAUCCUGGUUGAGUUUGGUGGAAAAGGAAAUUAGACUUAAGCUAAACAAACUAUAGUUUAGCAUUAUAUGAACCGGGUUUGUAGGUUGAAAGACACUCUAAAACAGGCAUAGGCAAACUCGGCCCUCCAGCUGUUUUGGGACUACAAUUCCCAUCAUCCCUGACCACUGGUCCGGUUAGCUAGGGAUCAUGGGAGUUGUAGUCCCAAGUUUGCCUAUGCCUGCUCUAAAAGAAUAAAAGAAGUGCCAUGAUUAAUAGAAAUAGUGGCUUAAUUUAAUUUAAUUUUAACUUUUCUUUUUUAAUAGCUCGUUACAAGCAAACCAAUUCACUGGAACAGUUUACCAAACACUGCUGCUUUCUCACCGGCAUUCCUUAAGGACAGCAAGCUUAGAUGAAACAGUAACUCCCAAUACUGCACCAUCUCAGUGGCCAGGUAGUAAUGAUUUUAUUUUAUUUGUCUUAUCUAGCUUUCUUGACAAUCAGUGCUGUUCCUUUUUUUGGUUUAUUUAAACAAUAUAUACUGUAUAACUACAAUUGUCUAUGAAAGGUCUUCAAAAAAAACAGAGAAAGGGUAAAAAUCAGUUAAAACUACAAAAUCGGACUUCAGUUGAAAUGUCUACUGGAAGAAAAACAUACUUCAGUUGGUGCCAGAAUGUGAACAGGAGGAAGCCUCUUCCCCAAAAUUGGGGAUACAGGACUUAAACACACAUAGCUCCUGGUGGAUACAAGACUUAUAUCUGAGCCAUGGGGGACCGCUUUCAAUGACUCCCGCAAAUACCUUAGGGCAGGGAUUAGGUGGUAUUUGAGGUAACCUGGGCCCAACUUGUUAAGGGCCUUGUAAAUUAAUACAGGAAUCUUGAACUUGACUCAGUAGCAUAUGAAUAGCCAGUACUGUACAAGCAUUUGCCGGAGUUAUGUGCUGGUGAUUAUCUGUCCCCAUCAACAAUCUAGCUGUAGUGUUUUGCAUUAACUGGAGCCUCCACAGCAGGCCCAAGGGUGCAUUGCAUUAAUCAAUCAAUCAAGCAAUCAAUCAAUCCUUGAGGUGGUACUAUGGCAUGAAUUACCAUGGCCAGACUAGCCCUAUCCAAAAACUGCCAUAGUUGAUGUACCAGCGGGAGCUGGUAAAAGUCACUGCUAGCCACUGAGGGUAACUGAGCUUCCAAGAACACCCCAAAACUCCGAUUCUGUUAAGUGCAUUCUGGGGAACAGGCCUAUUCCUGAGGAUGCAUUGAUGUAGUGUCAGUCGAAAAAACAUUUUUACACCAUUAUACUCAGUUGGUUUGGGUGGGUUGCAGCAAUUACUGCACAAAUAACAAAUAAACACCCUAAAUAGCUCACAGUAAGUUUACUAUUGUCUCUGGGGAGAAUUGUUUUGUGGUUUUUGUGUGUGUUUAAAAACUAGAUAGUGCUUUUUCUCUUUCUAGGUAUAAUGGCUUUAAUACAGUUAUUAAAUCAUACUGGAGAAGAAGCGCAAUCUGGGAUCACAGUUUUGCUCUGUGAAAUUUUGACAGCAGUCUACCUUAGCCUCUUCAUCCAUGGUCUCGCCACCCAUUCCAGCAAUGAGCUGUACAGAAUUGUGGCCCAUCCUCUUAAUGACAAAAUGUGGUUUGCUGUCUUUGGUGGAGGAGCAAAGAUUCCAAAGAAAGGCCAGGUGCAACAAACAUCAAAGAUGGGUUAGUUCACUCUUUGUUUUCUUUACCUAUAAAACUUUUGUGAACUCUGUUCCUUCCUGUUCCUGCUGCAUAAACUGGCUAGGCUGUCUGGCACUGUCUUUCCUCUUAUCUGCUAUAGUUAAAUUAAGUAAAUAACUGCAUUAAGGCUGCAAUCCUAUGUAGUUCUUACAUGGAAGUAGCUGAGCUUGGUUCUAAAGUAAAUGUACAUUGGUUUGUGCUGUAAAUACUUCUAAUGUAGCUGAAAUAGCCAUUUCAUACCUUACAUGUGAAAUUAAUCAAACAGUUCUAGGUGUUCCAGUAUUUGAUAGUCUAAAACUAAUUUUCUAUGCAGCCUAUUAAAUGCCAGUUUAAAAAAAUAUUGUCAUGAUAUUUAAAUGAUUCGUGAAAAAAUAAUUUAUUUUUGUUUGAUGUAGCCAUAUUCCUUUACUCUAAGAGCAGCCUAUGUUUUCUCUUUUUGGCAGGUAGGCACUUCCCUAUGCCUAGCCCACACCAGGUAGUAGUAUUCUCCAUGGAAUGUGUGGGGUUUACCAAAUCUCUAACUGCCAUCAGUACUCAUAGUCCUACCAAACCUGCAGGCAAGAUACUAGCUUCAGUCUUAGGCUUUUAAAUCCAGUGCUGAUAUGUGAUCUUGCAUAUGUAGGAAUAAAGAUACAAAGAAAAAUUUCUGUUUGUAAGUCGUGACCUCAGGUUUUUACUGUGUUUUAUUUAUAUCAUGUUAACUAUGUGAAUUGGAGUUGAAAAUUAGAAAACAAAACAAAAACCACCACAUUGGUCAUUCAUACAUUUGGAACAAUCCCUUCUAAAUCAGUUUUAAAUGACUUCAUUAUUGAAGGAAGAACAUGGCUUGCAAUUACCAGAAAUAUUUCCAAUACAUUUUUUUGCUCAUGAAGACUGCUUGUUUUGUGUCACAUGACCAUGCAUAUGGCUGUGGAUUUCUAACUGUUAAUUUAGCAUAUAAAAGCCGCCUUUAGUUCGUAGCAAAAAUGAAUCCAGUCGCCAUCAAAGAUUGUUCUAGGGCAGCAAAUAAUAUAAGUGUAAAACUUGGUGUCUACAGAUCCUCUGGUAAUGUGACCUGCUUAACAUUUCAUUUUGGCUGAUUUAUAAUUUGAUUUGUGAUUGGCAUAGGCGACACAAAAUGGCCUUGGCAGAGAAGAGUUGAUUUAAACAUCAUCAUUCACAUAGCCUGCUUAUUUGACCACAGCAAAAUGCUGCUUUGUAUUCAAAUGUUCACAUAUAAUCCAUUAUAGAUAAUUUUUAAUUACACCAAACAAAUGAUCCUGAGGAAUAGUUCAUGGCUCAGUUGGUAGAGCAUGAGACUUCAUCACAGGGUCAUGGGUGUGAGCUCCACACUGGGUGAAAGAGCCAGUGUGGUGUAGUGGUUAAGAGCGGUAGUCUCGUAAUUUGGGGAACCGGGUUUGAGUCUCCGCUCCUCCACAUGCAGCUGCUGGGUGACCUUGGGCCAGUCACACUUCUUUGAAGUCUCUCAGACCCACUCACCUCACAGAGUGUUUGUUGUGGGGGAGGAAGGGAAAGGACAAUGUUAGCCGCUUUGAGACUCCUUAAAGGGAGUGAAAGGCGGGAUAUCAAAUCCAAACUCUUCUUCUUCUUCUUCUUCUUCUUCUUCUGAAAGAUUCCUGUAGAGAUGAUCCUCAUGGUCCCUUCUAUUAUCUAUAACCUACAGUAAACUUGUGUGGUAUGCAGAUUAGAUAUGAAUGAUGUCAAUGCUUAGAUUCUGAAGGAUUCUGAUAAUGGAUUCCUUUGUGGCUUUAGGGUAAAAUUUAUAGCUCUUGCCAUCUGUGAAUGUACUCGGAAGUAAGCAAAACCGACUUCAUUAGAACUUGCAUGCAAGCACAUAUUUUAGGAUUAACUGCUUUUCAUUGGACAGCUCACUUUAGAAAAGAGGAAAUACAUUCGGUCAGUGUCUGUACUUAACUCUGGAUUACCAUGGAAUUUUCAGUGAUAAAAUUGUGUUCCUCCCAUGCUUGUAAGAAGAUUUCAGGUGGGACUAGUGUUUGAAGGCAGGAAUCACUGUCAGCAGCUUCAGAGGAAGAAAGAUCCAGAAAUGGAUGCCCAUUACUGGAAAGCCAUUGAAUGUCGGGGCACAUGUAAGCUAGAUGGACCAAUUACAGUGGUACCUUGGUUUACGAACUUAAUCUGUUCCGGAUGUCCGUUCUUAAACCAAAGCGUUCUUCAACCAAGGUGUGCUUUCCUAUAGCAGUGAUGGACUCAAUUUACAAAUGGAACACACUCAACAGGAAGCGGAACAUGUUCUGCUUCCAAGGCAAAGUUCACAAACCAAAACACGUACUUCUGGGUUUGCAGCGUUCUUAAUCCAAGUUGUUCAUAAACUGAGCUGUACUUAAACCAAGGUACCACUGUACUCUGAUUUGGUAUAAAGCAAGUUUGUGUUCACAUGUCUUCCAAAAUAUCACAGGUCUAAUACUUGUAAAAAGUUACUCUUUUUGUAUUUGUGAAUUGGGAUGGCCUCACACUGAGGAGCCUAAUUGGAGGAGGCCAAGAUGACAGAGACCCGGGGGUGGGGGAGUAAACCUCCAAGAUCCAGCCCAAUAUGUGCACACACAUUUAUUUAAAGAAUUUAUGUACCACCUUCCAUCCAAUUCAGAUUCCAGGAUGGAGUACAACAAAAUACACACACACACACCAUAAUCAGAAUUCUCCUUUCCUUUUGGUGUGUUAGCAUUUUCAUCUAGGUUGAAAAUAAAUUCUUAUUUUUUAACUCGUUGGACUAAAUAUUUUAAUAACAGUACUUCUGAAAGAGAAAUCUUCCACAGUGAAUGAUUGGCAGUCUUCCAUAAAUAGAUCUGUAUUCCUGAAAUGUCUAAAGUGAUGAUGAUUUAAUGGAGGAUAUAGAUACUAAUAAAUGGGUGUUGCACUGUGAAUUGGAAGAAGGGGUAGACAAAACAGAAGUUUAUUAUUCCAACCCAUUUUGGAUUCUGCUGGUUGUCCUUCGGCUAAAUUCAGAUAUUUAAGUAUUUAAUAUAUAGAUGUGACACUUCUUCUUCUUUUAUUAUAACAACCUGCUGAGAAGUCCAGAAUGCUGUAAGGAUAUUGUACAGUGCAAAUUGUCAACCUUUAAAAAAUAACUAGAAGCCCAUAUUCCUCUUCAUUUAGGGUGCUCAGUUGUUUUGACAAUACAAAAGAAUAGUAAAGUAAAACAGAAAAGUGCCAUGCCAAAGUAGUUCCGUGGGAGCAACCUCCCUAAAGUUAUUUCAAGCAAUUUGGGACUUUAGAUAGCAAAUGGAAUGCAAACUGGCUGUGCGGUUGCGGUUUUCCAGUGCAAGCUAAGGAAUGCUCAAAUCUUGCUGCUUGUGUAAAACAUGAUACAGCCGGGGGUGGUUAAUAAGAAAAGGGCAUUUUGGAAUUUUUGCCUAAUUCAUAUUAUACAUUUAAAUAGACUAUUAACAUAAGACUUGUCAGGUUUUUUUACAAUAGAACAAUCUAAAUUAUCCAGUGAUGUUUAGAUUCAAUUUGUCGCUUAUUUAUAUUGUCACUUAUUUAUGUUCUUUUGUUAGUCUUGUUAUAUACAUGUUUUAUUAACUUCUUUCUCUGUUUCUCUGCCAUGUAUAAGAAAAAGCACCUCAAGAAUAUUCCUAACCAUUUAAGAUACCAAUCCUAAACCAUUUUUAGAUAAAUUUCCUUAGUUAUUUUGUAGAGUCAGGAACUUUGUCAGUGAGACUUCAUUUCCUGUAAUAAGUUUGGCAUUUGUCUGUAGUUCCAUAACAAAUAGCCUACUAGUGCUGCAGGCCUAAAUGGUAAAAUUUAAAUCAAGAAAGCAGUUAAGCACAGUGGUUACUGUUUAGAUGGGGGUGAGUGGAAGCAAGUAUUCAAAAGAUCCAUUAUUUCUCAAGUUCUGUAUCAUGUAACACUUUCUGUAAGCUUAUUUUCCUAUGCCUUCAUUUCAAACAUAAGAAAGCUUUGUUAUUUUCGUUGAGCUCAAAAACUAAUGCACCAUAUUAAGCAAUGCAUGUGCAUGUUUGAUGUGCUAGCUAAAAACCAAAGUUUAAAAUACUUUUUAUUAUAACAGAUAUGUUUUUAUCUUUAAGGUAAGUGAGUUGCAUUUUUAAGGAGAAUUUUAUGAGCAUGUUUUGCGACAAUUAUAUGCUGGAAAAAUAAAUCUGAAUUAUUUCUGUGUUAUCGUGCACUUCCAUUUAUAGAUUAUGUACUCUUAAUACCUGCAUGCCAGUGAGGAUUUUAUUUACUAUUAGCAAAUAGCAGCACCACAUGCUGCUCUUCUGUGGGGAUAUAAAUUGACAGUCUGCAUUGUAAUAUGAUACUUGGAGAUUUGAUUUCUCAGGUAUGCAGAAAUGAAAGUUACAAUUUUUGCUAAGAAUUUUCGCAGUAUAAUUGCACCUCUUUGGAGGUGUAGGGUUAAGGGAGAGGAUAGAUAAAGUAUUUAGGGUUUGGAAGCCAGAGAUUUUUAAAAUUGCUAAUACUGUAAUACUGUACUAGACUUGUUCUUGGUGGUUGGUGUUGCAAUUAAGACAUUGAUUUUUAACAUUUAUUCUUAAAUAGUUUGAUGAUAGACAUCUGGUAAAUGGUUUCCAAACUUUACUAAAAAGAUGCAUCUUUUUCUCUCUGCAGCCUCUUCUCCCCCAGAUGAUGGUGAGAAGCAACAGAAGUUUUUAAGAAUGUCAUCAAAAUCCUCUCUAAAAGAGAGUUCACAGACUACUUUACCUUCAACAGAACAAGAUGCCCCAAAUUACAAAGAGAAAUUUAUUCCUCCGGAACUUAGUAUCUGGGACUACUUUAUAGCAAAGGUAUUUUAUUUUAAUUUUUAUUCACUUUUGGAAUAUUUUCCAUAAGCAAAAGUGAUUCUCAUUCUGUCACAUACUGGCCUUACGGGUGAGGUAGUUUUUCUUGGCAAAAAACAGAAUCCAGUUUCAAGAAGAAGCACAAUCAACUCUUGAUUCUUCAAGCAGCACCACUGAAUGCAUCUUUUAAGCCCUUACCCACCCCACACCUGAUGAAAUGUAUAAUAUCAGAUGUAGGGCAGAUGGACAUGGCUUCCCCAAAACAGUCUUGCGGGCCAAAUGGUCAGGGCUAGCAGGCCAAGUUUGUUCUGUGAGCAGAAGGCUCUCCACCUCUGGUUUAAAAUUGUGUUUUAAUAUGACAUGUUACUUGAAUUACUGUAUUCCAAAAACCCUGCUUGAAAAGCAAUCUCUUAACCUUAAAUUAUUGGCUAAGCAGGUGGAAAAACGAGCACAUCAGCUGUGGACUGAUCUUAUUUGUAAAAAGCUAGGUAAUUAGUAAAGUAGCUUAAGGACUGACCAUAGGAGGCAACUCUAAAAGGAAAUGGCGCCAAGAAAUAAAAAGAAAGAUGUGCAGAAUAUAUGAAUUACAGUAUUUUUCUGUGUAUAAGACUAGAUUCCCCCCCUAAAAAUAAUGUCAAAAAUUAGGGGGUGUCUUAUACACGGAUACAUCUCCCCCCAUUUUCUUAAAUCUGAGUCCCCCAAAAUAGGGAGCAUCUUACACAUAGGGGUGUUUUAUAGACGGAAAAAUGAAAGUAUAAGUAUAAGGUAAGUAUAAAUGAAAGAGGGAACCUGGCAUUUUUCCUGUCUGUAUUUCUAAGGUUAAAAGAAAUAAAAAUACUAAGUUCUUCUUUAUUGGUUUUACCCUUUUCAAGCCAAGUCAUACUAAAAGUAAUCUGAAAUUGAAAUGAUAAGCAGAUCUCCCUAAGUAUCUGAAGCAGGUGUAUUUUGUUUUGUGUUUACCUCGACUAAGACUUCCAUUUACCUUUUAGCCAUUUCUUCCAUCAUCGCAAACUAGAAUUGAAUAUGACUCAGAGGAGAGUCAGGAAAGCAGCGAUGAUGAAGGUGAUGAUGAAUUCUCACCAGACUUAAAGAGUCAGGAACAUUCAAAUUCAAAUUCAUAUAGGUAUGAAAUGAUUUGAUUCAUUUGUUUUCCUUUACUGUUUCUACAUUUGUUUUCAUCUAUGAAAUGGGAGGCAUCUAGGGAAGAGGCAACCUUUCCAUCUAAAGUUCUCUCCUGCACACUCCCUAAGUGCUUCUGUACACAAACAGGAACUUGCCGGUUUUGUGGAAAGUGAGAGAGGAGGAGAAAGAAUGGAAAACUGAAGGUGGGGGAGAUUACAUUGUGGGUGGGAGAGAGGGGGGACGUGGAGUGAUAUUGCAACCCUUUGUGGGUUUGGAAGUUGAGGAAGGAAGAGCGCAUUGUAGUCGUGGGGAGGAAUAUGGAAGCAGGUGGGAGAAAUUUUUGGGUUCUGAGGAGGGAAACUCGGGGGAAGACAACUGAGGCAGGGAGAAGCGAGUUGGUGUAUGGAACAAGCAGAGGAACACCCCUUAGUUAAUAAUAAAAAGGAAAGGGAAAGCAGUAUGAUCUUUUCACAGCUCGUGUAUACUUGUUUGUGUAUUCUGUUUAGUUGGUCUCUGAUGCGCUUGGCUAUGGUUCAGCUUGUCCUCCAGAACUUGAAGACUUUCUACCCUAUGGCUGGGCAUGAUCUUUCAGGUAAGUCUGUCUUAGUGGGUUUUUGGAUUUGUUUAUAUAGAAUUUCCUCAUAUUCCUUAAUUAACCCAUUUUACUGGUGCAUAUUUUUAUUAUUUCAUAAAAUUUAUACAACUAUUGAUUAUGAAAAAAAUAGUGUGUACAUAUGUGUACGCAUAUGUGUACAUCCUUGCUUGCAGUUACUUUUUUUAAAAAAAUGGUUUUAUUCAUAACAAACAAUAUAAAAUAAACAUCAAUACAAUAUCACAGUGUGGGAUUUCUCCAAUCCCUUGACUUCCCUCUACCCUCUCCAUGGUUCCAUUAUAUUUAUUAUUCAUUCAUGCAUGUCCAUAUCUUAUUUUCCAUCUAUACAUUUCUAUCUGUUAUCAUAAUACUGCAAAUGUUUUUUAGUCCUUGCUUGCAGUUAGAAGCCUAGUUGAGUUUUAGUUGGUGUAAAAGGCAAACUCGUUUUCCUGAAAGGCAUUGUGGGAUGGCGUUGUUUAAGGACUGAGAAAAUUAGCCUUCUCUUUUUCCUUCUUGAAAUAUGAAUGAAUGAAUUUUAUUAUUUCGGUCACAGACCAGUUCCAGCUCACAUACAAUAUCAAGGAAGCCAUAAAACUCGCUAGGCAUACAUUUGAAUUUGCAAUUAGGUAUAACAGGGACAAUACUCUUGAAAUAUGUGGAUGAGAAGCUAAUAUAAUGUCCAGAUGCUGAAGUAAUGAUCCCUCUUGAACUUUGUGAGUGAAUAUUCAAAAGGGACUGAGUGAGAGGAGUUUUAAGGGUUAAAGUUUUGCAAGAAUGUCAUCAUGAGCCACAGAUGCUAAAGCCUCCCUUUACAGAGCUUCUUAAAGAGAGAGGCUGGUUUUUUUUACAUCCUCCAGUACAACAGCCAGCUAAAAUAUUAAAUGUGGCUAAACCUGAGUUCCCGUUGAACGAGCAUAUAUUUAUAUUACAUACCAAGCCAUGUUCUAGCAGUAAUAUUUUUAUACUGCCUUUAUUAAAAGCACAUACGGCCAGCUAACAGGCUAGAAUCUAUGUAACUGUGAAAAGGGUCUGUUUUGUGUUAAAUCUUGAAAAUAAUUAUCAUAUUAAGUCAUAUUAAGGAUAAUUUUGAGGAACUAAGCUCCAUUUAAUACCAGGGUGUUGGUGUGCUGUACUAGCUGAGGGUGCCAGACUAGGAUUUGGAAGAUACAAAUGUACAUUUAUUCAUGAAGUUUAUUAGCUUACCUUGGGCCAGUCACUAUUUCACAGAGAUUUAAAAAAAAAGGUGUCUAUGUCAUCUUGAGCUCUUUUGAGGAAAGGCAGGAUCAAAUGUACCUAAAAAUAUUUAGGUACAUACAUGAACAACAUAUAUAAAGGAUUUUAGGGUUGGGCUAAAGAACUGUUAUUCCUCAUUUCAUAACCAGUUUGCCAUCUCCAGCUUUGCUUUGAUAGCUACUCCUACAGUUCAUUAGCACAUAUAAAUGCCCAUGCCCAAAUUUAGCAUGUAAAUUUAUGUGUCCGUUUGAUUUUGUUUUUAAUUUCUGGUUGCCUCGCUUGUGUGCAUCUUGACAGGAAAAUGUGCAGGCUCCAUCCAUAGAGUAAAAUCUGCAAUUGAUGUGACAGCAGUACCUUAGCAGAAAAUAGAGUGUAAAGUUCCUUAAUAUAUUGCAGUUAAGGGAAAACUUGUUCUUGUUUUAGAGCUUCCAGUUAGUUCCCCGCUGUGUCAUGCAGUACUAAAGAUACUUCAGCGCUGGGAGCAAGUUCUUCUUAGGCGACUUGAGAUGCAUGGCGGCCCACCAGAAAACUUCAUUUCUGUUCAUACUUCUCAAGAUGCAUCCUCUUCUGGCCCUGCACUACUUCGCCACAAAGCCCUGCUAGAGCCAACAAACACCCCCUUUAAGUAAGUGUGCGCAGUGGUUCCGUCGUUUUUGUACUUUUCAUGCUCUGUAAACCGGUUGUCACAUUUCCAUAUCGGCAAUACGUUCUAAUUAGUGUUGUAAGCGUACCUCAGGAUAGUGUGGAUGUGUUACCUCAAAGCAAGUUUCCUCUGCUGAUAGUACUUAAGGACAAUUCACUAAUUUUGUGUGUGUGCGUGUAUAGAUUGUAUUUUAAUGUACACUUAAAACUGUAUAUUUAAAAGUGGAAAGGCAAAGCAACCACAAGUUUGCAAACAUGAAUCAUGCGGAUAAACAUGGAGUUGGGGUGGACUGUAGGUGGUGACAAACCUGACUUUUGCUCUGACCCCGUCUGCUGCUUUAAGUUAUAUAUUGUUGUGCCUUUCCAUCAGUCCUCCACAACCAAACACUACAAAUACAAACAAGUAAGUAAAUCUAAUGAAAUACCUUUUGCUGUUUUCUGGAGGAAGUUUCACCUUAAUGUGCAAGGAAACAUAAGGACUUUUAUGGAAAUAAGAGAGCUUCUUCACCCACCUUAUUUUUAUUUAUCCAGUUUCUUCUCUUUUAUUUUAUCUUUUACACUAUUACUUAGCGUUUUCUUCUUCUUUCUGUUACCUUUGGUUGUGCUUCAUCAAAAUUUGCUAAGAUGCUCUGCUGCUUUUCCAGAUGACAUCUGCACUCCUUGCUCAGACUGGGUCAUCUUAAUUUCAAACCUAGCUUCCUUGAAACAAAACAAACCUGAGGGAUUAGUUCUUUGGCUCCAUAUGAAUAGGUUAACAUGAUUAUUAAUUUCAUGCUGGCAAAAAAUGAUUCUCUUUGGCGGUCAUCUGCGUCCUCCCUGGCAUUGAUUUGAGCAAUGAGCAAAUUUGGAUUCUCCUCUGCCAGAUUUAUAAAGGUAGUGGGACUAAACUGGGCUUACAGAAAAAGCUUCUGAAACUGCAGCAUGCUUAGAAACAUGUUUCUCUUCAUUUUUAGGUCUAAAAGUAAUAAUGCACUAUCUGUGAAGAGACUUUGGCAAUACCUCGUUAAACAAGAAAUGAUCCAGGAAACCUUCAUCAGAAACAUAUUUUCAAAGAAAAGGUGCUUGAAUGAGGUAUGUAUUGUAUGUUUUUAUACAGAAAUUUAAUAACAUUACUUGGCUUUUCUUAAGCCAGUGUUCCUCAAAUUUUUGAACUCACAGGGUCUCCUCCCCAACCCCCAUCCAAGCUUGUUCUAGUUUCCAAGGCACCACAUUCCUCAAAUACAAAGGUUGCAUAUGCUUAAUAUGUAAGCAGUAAAGUUCACUGGCUGGAGAACAAUAUAAUGAGAGUAUUAUUUGUCUGGCAUAAAUACAUUUAUUAUAGUUUGUCCAGUUUCCAUUUGUGAACUGAGAGUUAAGUCUUCACCAUAGUAUCUAAGGUAUAGAACUCUUUCUGAUGUACUUCGGAGAAUGUACUUCAAAGAAGUUUAUUGCAGCAUUCCACAAUUUUGUUCCACUAAGUUAAAUGUUGUUGCAUAUUCAUAAAACUACUAUGUAAUUGUUAACCUUGCCUCAUAGUUGCAUGUUAGUCUCAUCUUGUCUUUUGUCAUGUGAUUUAUUCUUUUCUGGUGUAGUCAAUAGAAGACCAAAACGAACAUAUCAAAAGUACUUCAGUGGAGGAGCCUGGAAUCAAUAAGGUAUAUGUGAAAUAAAAUAAAUGGUGAUAUGGGAAAACUAUAGCCUACAUUCAAAAUGUUUGUUUGUGUGUGUGUGUUUUAACUGUGUAACACAUUAUGUGGUUCAUUGGUAUUGAUUGGGAAGAUACAGAGUGGACUAAUACCAGCAAUCGUCUGGUCUCCUUUGUAUGUGAUUUUCCCCCCCAGAGUCAACUGUGUCAAGUCUUGCAGAUUUGUGGAUUAAUUUUAUUUGUAUUUGAUAAACUAUGCAGACUUUAAUUGUAAUUAUGUUUAAAGGCUACAACCAGCAACCUGUAAAACCUUCAUAGAUACUUCUAUGUGUCAGACAAGUGCAUAAGUAAUGUGUAUACUGGUAUUUCUGUGCUUGGUAACAGAGGCCUAACAUACAAAAACAGAAGAUUUCCCUCUAUAACCUUCUGACUUGUAGAAUUGUUCAUAUGGUUAUUGCUGCUCUUGACAAAUUUCACAUUAUUUGUGACUGGUUCUGAACUAUUAAAUGGUAGAUACCGAGUCAAUUUUAAAUAUUUCAUAGGUAGACAUGGUUCGUUUUUCUGUGAAAUUGCUUUUCUUUCUCUAGUUUUCUGGUUAUGCACUAAAUAUAACAGUGAUGGGACAAUAAAUGAUUAUAAAGUAGACAGGAUGCAAAGUUGUUACACCUUUUAAAAUGUGUUUUAAUUUUUUAUAACAAUUUACCUUUUUUUACUGGACUAUCUAGAACUAAUUAAAAGUAACAUGCUUUCAAGUAGCACAGAACUCUUCCUGAUUAAUAUGUAGCUUUUAUAUUUCAGCAUGAGCUAGAAAGAUAGAAAUCUUACUGAUUAAAAAAGGGUAUGUGUGUGACCCCCUCUCUCUUUGUUUCCCUUUUAUAUACAGAUAGAGACUGAUAUGGGAUACCCUGGAAGUAAAGCUAGAAUUAUCCAUAAAGAGUCUGACAUUAUCACUGCUUUUGCUGUCAACAAGGUAUGCACACAAAUGGGGUGUUUUAAAAAAAUGAAUAUUUUGGAAUGUUGUAGUUCAGGCUCACAAGAAGGAAGAGCUAUUGUAAUAUUUAAAGAAAAUAGUCAGACCUUAGCUAGAGGUAAUAACACCAUUUUUAUUUCUCCUACAGUCAAUAUUAUGUUGUGUUCUGCAUGCACAAAAGGCACAGUGAUCUUUGUUGCAGUAACUCUGCUGUUCUAGAAACUUUGGUCUACUACCAACAUAAAUAGAUGGUUGCAAUGGAACUGAGUGGGUACAACAUAAAUGAAAAGUCAUAUAUAUGGGCAGCUUUUCAUCCAGUUGAACCUUUGAAAUGCAAUAAUACUGACUGAAAAACUGAUAGCAGAUAGCUUUUUCAAUCAUGCCCUGAUAAUGGUUUUCCUGGGGCAUCUGGCUGGUCAGUUUUGGAAACAAGCUUGCUGAACCAGAUGCACCUGACUGCAGCAUGGAUAUUAUAUUUUUAACCUUCUGCACUUUCCACCCAAAGAAGAGUAGUUGAUUGGUGUGGUUGGGGACCCAAAUGAUAUGAAGCUAUGUGGAGCUCUGCCAAUGCGGAUUCAUUUAAACACCCUGUCACACUCAUAACUUCACGCUUCCAUGGGGCUUUUGUAUUCAGUGGUGAACAGGCAAUAGUGGAAUUAAAGGUAUUGUUAACUGGUGGUGUCCUGUGCUUAUUAUUUUCCCCUUACACUUGUAUAUUGUAGGCCAACAGGAAUUGUAUUGCAAUAGCUUCAAGUCACGAUGUUCAAGAACUAGAUGUUUCUGGAAUUCUUGCUACACAGAUCUACACUUGGGUUGAUGAUGAUGUAGAAGUGGAAGCUAAAGGGUAUAUUUUUUCAUUUGUUGGCUGUAUCUCCUAACAUUGGCUUCUGUACAUGAAUUUAUUUUUUUCUUAAAAAUAUAAAGCGCUAUAGAAAUGAAAUUAAUAAUAAUAAUAAUAAUAAUAAUAAUAAUAAUACAUGAUAGACUGUUAAUUUCUUAAUCCAACUAGUUUUUAAAAAGUUAUUAAAACAUUUAUCUAAGAAUAUUAUGGGAUCUCCAUCCUGAUUUUCUUUAUCUCCUCAGCCUUGGACUUUCCCCCUCUCUGUUUGCUUCAGUUCCCAGACCACCUUUCCCCCAAUGUUAGCGCCACCUUUCUGUUACCCUUAUUUGCUGUGGUUUUACAGUCCACCUGUGUUGACAAAAGCAAUCAUUUUCCCCUCCUUGGCAGCUGUUGGCUUAGCUGUCAUGCUGUCUCAAAAGACUGGCCUGCUUUGACCCAGACACUGAAGUGGUUAUAUGGUCACCUUAGUUCUGAACUCAAAGAGCCAAGUAUAAGCAGGCAUCUGGUUAACGGCAUUAUGUUAACAGGAUGCUGGACCAGAUGGACCAUUGGCCAGACCCUGCAGACUGUCAGGGACCAUGCUGAGGAGGGCUGCACUGAGGAGAAAUGGUGGGAGCCACCCCCUCCCCCUGCUCCUGAACCUUUCCAGGAGCAGGAAGACAGUAUAGAUUUGGAACAGUGGUUUGCAGAGGGACAUAGCUCAGAAGGCAGAAGCUGGGAAAUAACGAAUGGGAACAGCUAGCAGAAGAAACAACCCUGGGAGAGAGAGGGUUGACAGAUUCACAGUCAUUGGGCAGCAUUCCUUCACCACCCUCCCCAAGGUCACAAAGAGCUCAGAAAAUCUCAGAACAGAAAGCGCAGAGGGUACAAGCACAGAUUACAAGAUGUAGGAGUGAUGUAGAUUAAUAGGGACAGAGGGGUGUGUGAUCCUUACAAUUUCUAGGAGAUGUGUUCUUAGUUCUCUUGCUGUGGUUAUUAAAUAUUCUAAUUGGUAAGGCGUUCCUUUCGUUUGAUCUUCUUAUUUACUACCGGGGGGGGGGAGGAAGCUGAUUCCCCGAAGCCUGACACAGCCCCCUCUUACCAUUUCACAGUAGCCUAACUUAGAGAUGUUGCAUUGUAAUUUGUAGAUGCAGAUGGGCUGAACAACUGCCAUUUCUUGCAACAUAAAAUUCUCAUUAGAACAUUUUCCUUUAUAGAGCUGAUGAUUUCUUGGUUAUCCAUGCUCGUGAUGACUUGGGAAACAUUCAGGGAACUACUCCUUAUACUCACAGCAAUCCUGGCACUCCGAUCAACAUGCCUUGGCUUGGUAGUACCCAGACUGGCAGAGGUGCUGCUGUGGUGAGUCACCUGCGAUAGAAUAAUCCUUGAAUUACACACUGUUACACACUUAAUAUUGAAUAUAUAAGUUUUAUUAGGUGUUAUAAAUCAUAUUCAGAAUAUAUACACUUCUAAUGCUAUUAAAGAUUAAAACAUUAGUAAUUACUUAAGAAACUCUCAGCACUUCUGAUACUGUGUGAAUCCAUACAUUUAACAGUUUUCUUCAGUGCAGACAAUCCAAACGCUGUUGGAAAAAAAGCAAAGUUUAGUAAUAGUGCAUUGUCUAAGAGCAUGAUAUAUCAGUUAAGAAGUUGCUGGUUGAAUUCUCAAUCCCUAAUUGUAGCACAGAAAUUAUAAAACUAAUCUGUCCAUAUUUGGUGGUUGAAAAUGUGACACAAAUUCAUGAAGCAUUUUGAACCUUCCAAAAGGUACCAUGCUAAUACUAAGUUUCCUCAGUUUGCCUCUUUUGCCAUCGGUUCCUUUCAAAGGGCAGAGAUGGAGAAGUGAGGCAAAGGCAGAGCCUGGUGCUGAUGCCCAGUAUUCAGAAGUUUAUUAUGUUGUGCAAAGGAUAAACAUCGAGAGAAAUCCGAGUUCAGCCUAGGGUUUACUUCCUUGCCUUCCUUCCUUGGCCAUUUAUUUCAAAUUUUACACAUGAUUGAGCUCUCCUUUUUUGUUGUUUGAGUUUCACUGAUCUUCAUGUCUGGCUCUUGAUAUGACCUUUGUACUUGGGGAGAAUUUACUAGCUGUGGAUCUUCCCAUCAUGGUGUUACAAUGAUAGAAAAGCUGUGUCUUGUAAAAUUGUCCCUUUUGUUACUACAGCCACUGUUACUCCCAGCUAGUUUUAUUUACUGCCUAGCCCAAUUUCCUUUAAGCAGAAUAAUUCAUUACAAAACAGCAUCAAUAUAGUACCUUUUAGAGCUUUCAAAAUGCUUUACAUGCAUCAUCUAAUUGUAACCCUUACAACAACUCUUUACAAUAGGGGCAAGUAUUUCUGUGCCCUUACUGUGGGGUGGGAGUGCUGAAACUGAGAGUCACUUAGAGUCCUCAGUUGUGCGUUUUCUGUUUGCAUUUUCUUCAGGAUUCUUUCUCCAUCUGUGUUUCAUUUGGUCCAAUGUAACUCAGUCCACUGUUGACUCCAUCAACAUCCCCUUGGAUUCCCCAGCCUCUUAGGACCUCUUCUUCCUUAGCUUUGGUUACCUUUCCAUGCUGUCUCUAAAGCGAUUCUGAAGUUUUAGUUCUGGUCCAACUGCUCUGACACUUUCCUCAGAAGAGAACACUUCUGAAAACAUCUCUCUACUUUUACUCCCCAACGUUUUAAAUCCUCACCAGUUCUGAGUUUUCACAUCAGCUCUGCUAGUAGGAAUCUGAGGCUGUGCAAGCUGCUUGCUAUUACAUUAGGAAAGCUCACUUGUUUUUGUAUUUUAAUCUCUUCAGUUGAUGAUUCUUUUAAAGAAACAUGCAUGAGCUAUUAUGUGUAUAUUGGUCCAGAAGAUGUUGGGCACUGGAUAUAUUUUACAAAUCUCAUUCAUGCCCUUUAUUUCCUGAUGGAGGAAAAAUGGCAGGUUUAUCUGCAGUUAGUGAGUUAAAGUUGCCAAACACAAAGCAAAAUAAAUAAAACUUGAUACAACUAUCAGGGAUUAGCUUCAGUUUAUAAAAUAUUGGAACUAGUUACUUAAAAUAACUGCUUGAAAGGGUUCUAUAUGUAUCCUUGGUUUUGAUUUUUGUAUCCAUGCUCAGUCAUUUUUGCCUUUGCAAAAAGUAGAGAAAAUAGAGCAAAAGUAAAAUGGAUUACACUAAGAUCUCAAAUAAUCUCUAAGGCGUGUAUAUUUGAGCCCAGUGAUACUGUAGGAAGAUAGUAAUUGCUCAGACAGUAGCAAGGCUGUGAUCCUAUGCAUUGUAAUUAUCAUAUAUCUUCUUUUGCUGCAAGGUUGAAUUCUUACUUCAAAUUUAUGGUUUUUAUGUAACAUCCAAAGGGAGAACUUGGGCAAAUUGCCCAUGCUAAAGUAUUGGCGCAACUUACACAUCCACGUAGAAGGAAUUUUGAGUACUCCCUUCAGCUGUUACACUAGGAAGACCAAAGCAAGUGUGCGGUAUUCAGCAAAGCUGGAUGUGUACAUGUUUUGUUUUACCUAAUCUUUUACCUAGAAAUAGGCACUGCUAGCUAUGGAAUAAUGCCUCGUUCAAAUGACAUUGGUGGAUGAAACACUUUCCUUAAUGUGUCUGCCUUUUUGACAUAAUUUAAACUCUGUUUUUGUUCUACAUUUUUUCUCAAACUGUGGGCAAGGGACCACCCGUGGGCUUCAUAGCCUUUUCGUGGGACUGACACCAUUCCCAGUAGCUGCUCACAUGCACCGUUGAGUGCAUAAGCACACACAGAAGCAAGAGGGGGUUGGAGAGUGAGAUGUACCAUGCAAAGUUGGAAAGGAGCAAGAGAGAGAGAGAGAGAGAGGAGGACAGAGUGCCCAGCCAAAUAUGAGAAAAGGAGGAGGAAUGAAUGGAUGAACUGAGGGAGAAGGAAACAUUUGGGGCUUGCUCCUGCAUCUUCUGGCCCUUCCAAAUCCCACAUCCACACUCCAGUUCUCCCAUCCUUCCUGCUAAUCACUUACCAAAUCAGAAUGCUUCUCCUCCCUCUUCUGAGGGGCAAAGAGGCAAAGUGGGUACUGAUGGGAAAUAAGGAGAUAAAAGGUUAAUAUUAAAAAAUAAACUUGGAGUAGAGAAGAUGGGGAUAAGAAAUGAAGAAAGAAGCAUAUGUAAAAGUAAUGGGGGCAGGGGAGACAAAUUAAGUGUGAAAGGAGAAGCUGCAGGAGUAUUUAGGAAAUUCCUUAAAAAUUAGGCUUUAUGAAUGUGCCACAUAGCUGUGUCAAUACCUUACUAACUGCUGUAAUACAUGCUCUUUAACCGAAGGCUACUUAGAUACAUAAUUUUCCAGUUAAUGCAAAUAAGUCACAACUAAAUUUUCUGUGAUUGAUUAAAUGCAAAACAUAAUGUUCUUCAUUCCUAGUUAACUUCUGUAAAAGUUUGUUUGCCUCUCUCUUACAUGCUUCUGCUUCUACCUCUGUCUUACUUACCUUACAAUAUACAGGAAUAUUCCAAUAAUUUUAAUGGAAUCAGAAAGGAAUUGGCAAGAAAAGAGGUAAGAAUGCAGCCUAGAGUGUCUCUAUUGGGACCCUUAGUCCUGUGGAACGAAAGCUCCCACACUCAGGGGUUAUGUUCUGUUGAUAUCAGUGUGCACUAAUGCUGAGGGAAUUAUGUAGCUUUCAUUGACUUCCAUCCAUAUUUCAGCCCCAAAUUCAUGAAGGUAAACAAACUUAGUAGCGUCUGCAUUUUACAUCACUAAUUACUUUUAAAGGCUUCUGAUCAAUUUUGCAUCUUACCUAUUUAUUUUUGCACAUCUAACAGAUGAUCAAGAAGGCUAUCAAUAAUGUUCGAAGAAUGGCUUCCCAUCCAACACUACCUUACUGUAAGUUUAAUAUUUCUAGGCCAUUUUGAUGUUUGCAAUAGUCCCAAUUUAUUAUGCAGCGUAUGGGGAAAAUGUUUGAAAAUAUCCAGGGAGGAAAAGUGCCCCUUGUUUAAAAAGAUGGAGAAAAAAACCAGCAUACUUGUAGGCGGUUGUAAUUCUUAAUUCAGAUUGAAUCUAUUUUUUGGCUAUUUUAACUAUACUUUAGUUUUAAAGAAGUGUUGAAGUUUUAUGGAUUAUUUUUUAUUCCAGAUUUGACAGGUGCUCAGGAUGGCAGUGUGAGAAUGUUUGAGUGGGGCCAUUCUCAGCAAAUUACAUGUUUCCGGUCUGGUGGCAACUCCAGGAUUACACGGAUGAGAUUCAAUUAUCAAGGCAAUAAGGUAGCAUCCCUUUUGCAUCUCAUAGAGAUUUUUUUAAAAAAGAAAUGUGUUUCUAUGAAAUGCUCUGGUUGCACCUUCCAGUAGCUUAGGAUACAAUAAGUUUAACUCAGUAGUUCCCAACCUUUUUUGGGCCAUGUCCCACCUAAUAAUCUCUAAAAUCCUGAUCCACCCCUCCCCCCGUGACAUAUAAUUCUUAUUAUUCAAAAAGUGAAGUCCUAUUCAUGUGGAGGAAGCCUAAAAGGCCAUUCACUGUUAAUAACUCAUUCUCGAAUUGCCCCCCUUAAAAAUCAAGUGGCCCCCCUGUGUGGUGUGUGCCCCACAUUGGGAACCACAGGUUUAAAUGUUUAGGAUACAAUAAGUUUAAAUGUAUGGACAAUAUAUAAACACACAAACACAAACAAUAUAUGUUGGAACUGCAUAUAUAUUCAUAUUCUUAAUUUUGCUUUUCCCCCCCAGUUUGGGAUCGUUGAUGGUGAUGGGUUUAUAAGUCUGUAUCAAACGAACUGGAAAACGUCUCUACUUAAUGGAAGCACACCCAAACCAUAUUUGGUGAGCCUAAAAAGUCCCCCCCAACUUGCUUUUGUUUGAUAGCACCAUGACAUUGAAAAGCUGUAUUUUAAUUGUUGUAAGACAUUAGACAUCUAUUGUUAAAUAUACUUGGUUGAAAAAUUGCAGGUUUUGUGCUCGUUCUUCUUCUCUAACAAAAACCCACAAGCCAAAUGGCAAACCACUUCUGAAACGGGGACUUUCUAAAAGUAUGCUAUGAUAUGGUUUUAGGGACCUUCUGUUCAAUGAAAAGAAGUAAAAGCAAAACAAAACAAAAAAAACACCUUACCAGCUUUGGCUGGUAUGAUAGAUGUGACUACUCCUGGACUGGGAGAUCUUGACCACAAUAGUUGUGGCAUUGGGACUUCAAGAUGGGAUUAAUGCAAUGCACUAUGAAUGUUACGGUUCCCUUGCACUUGCCCCAGAAACUGCAGUUAGAGCAGAAGGCUGCAUGCUGCAUGGUUGCUGACAGAUGCGAGAUCUUAUCAGCAUUUAACACUCCUGCCAUACUGGCUGAGGAUUUGUUACUGGGCCAAAUUCAGGUUUUUACUAUGACAGUGGAAAGCCCUUAGACAAUCUCAUACAUGUUACUGUUUAUAAGAUCAAAUUAUAUAUUAAUUUUAUUUCCAAUCUUUACAUGCCCGUUACAAUUUUCAGACGUGGCAGUGCCAUAACAAAACAGCCAGUGACUUCGUUUUCAUCAGCUCUUCAUCUUUGAUAGCCACAGCUGGGCAGUCUACUGACAACAGGUACUUAAACUUGUUCCAAGAUCACAGUGGUAAACUGAGUGCAAAUGAAGAAAGUACUUUUUAUGUUGGGUUGUGCCAGUGGUGGCUUGCAGUAGGGGAAAGUGCUUCUGCUCGCACAAGGUGGGACACCUGAAUUUCACCAGUUCCACCAACCCUCUGCAAGUCCUCGACCCCAUAUUUCACACUACUUAGGAGGGCCCUCCAGUCCUUGAGACCAGCUUAUCGGAGUGUACAGGAAACUACAGUAGGUAGGAGAGAAUUGGCAAAAAUGCAUUAUCCUGCCUUGCACAAAUGAUUUCUACAAGCAUAAAACCACCAAACGCAGCAGACCCAUUAAAAUUAAUGCAUCAAAAUUAUAGCCAUGAAUUUCAGUGGGUCUACUUGGAGUAGAACUUAAUUAUUAUUGCAACAGUGUCAUUCCCUCAGAGGCAAUCUUUCAGGGGCUGCAGAUAGGCAGUCCAUUUUAUCCAAUGCAGGAAGCGUUAUCCUGAUAUAGUGAAGUAGACACACUGUAUACACACAAGCACUAUUUGAUGUGUAUAAAAAGGGAGGGCACCAGCAAGUGCAAUUCAGAAAAGUUUAUUUGAUUAUUUUUAUCUUUCUCUUUUUUAGAAAUAUUUGUCUGUGGGAUACUCUGGUUGCACAUUCUAGUAGCUUAGUGCAUGGUAAGUUUAAUGCAUACAUACAAACAAUUUAAAACUACAUAUUUAUAUGUAGGUAGAGCUUUUACAUUUCAGAUAAUUGUUAUGUUUCCCUUAAAGUUCACUACAUUCUUUAUUGAGCUUCUGCAAAACAAAUACUGUGGUCUAGAUUUACAUUCUUGUUCCUCACAAAUCCUCACAAAUCACUAUUCAUUUUACAUGCAAUCAACUGACCAAUAGAUUAUUGGAACUUGUGCUAGAGCUUAUUGGCAACAUCUUGUUGAAUACGUGCAUUAUUAAUAGAGGGCAAAUUUCUUGAUUUAAGUGGUUCCUCGUAGUCAUUUGCUUAGGGAGGAGAAAUCUCUGAACCACGUGCAUGAGAGCCAACAGGAGAAUCAGUAACAUUUUAGUUUCUUUGGACUUGAGUUAAGCACUAUAAAACCUAGGUUUCAUAUUGCAGUUCAUGUGCACUAUUGUUGUUACACAAAGCUUUAUACAAGACUGCAAAUAAAAAUACUAAUACUAAUUUUAUUUUAUUGAUUUGGAUUUUAGCCUUUACUUGUCAUGAUACUGGAGCAACUGUCUUAGCAUACGCCCCGAAACACCAGCUAUUAAUAUCAGGUGGCAGAAAAGGCUAUACCUGUUUAAUAGAUCUUCGGCAAAAGCAACAACGACAAUUUUUCCAGAGUCAUGAUUCUCCAGUUAAAGCAAUUGCUGUGGAUCCUACAGAAGAAUAUUUUGUCACAGGAUCUGCUGAAGGAAACAUAAAGGUAACACAUUGUAAAAUUCCAUUUUUUAAGACUUUGAUAAAUAUAAAUUUAUUACACUUUCAUUAGAGCAUUGCCUAAGAAUUAUAUUGAGUAGGACUUUCAUGUUUCGUUCUCUUCUGCUUUUUCCUUAAACCUAAGACUAUUUAGUAUUGUCUUAACUAUAAAUUCAUUUUUAUUUAAAAUAUUUAUGCCCUGCCUUUCUUUGUAGAAGUUUAAGUAGGCUUGCAGUACAAACCAUAAAAUAAAAUAUAUUUAAAAAACACAAUAACCAAAGUUACAGUAUUGAUGAAGUAAUUUUAGUACGAGAUAAUGGAUUAAGCAAACAGUAUUGUCCUUGUAAUAGCAAAAACAAACCCACAUAUUGAAAUAUUUUUCUUUUUGUUUUUAGGUAUGGAGUCUAUCUAACUUUGGUCUUCUUCACACUUUCAUCAAUGAACAUUCUCGACAGUCUAUUUUCAGAAAUCUUGGGACGGGUGUCAUGCAGAUUGAGACAGGACCAGCAAAUCACAUAUUCUCAUGUGGAGCUGAUGGGACAGUAAAGAUGAGAAUCUUGCCAGAUCGAUUUAGCUCACUCAGUGAAGUAUUGAAAAGUGAUGUGAAAUUCAUGCUCUAGUAUGGUGUUAAUACUGAAAUAUAUUUUAUAAGUGGGUAACAAUUGUAUGUAAAGUAUGUUGAUGAUUGUACAGAUAACACCACAAUAACAUUUUUCGAUGUUUAUAUUUAUUUCUUGGCGCUUCAGUCCUCAAUGCACUGAUGCCUUAAGGAUUUAAUAAGUUCCUUCUGGUUUUGCCUAAACCAUAUGCGAUCAUUCAGUAAAUGUUUAAAAUAUGUAUGUUGCUGAAGUUUUUUAUGUACGUUGCUGUGUUUUUAAUUUGUAGGUGAACGUGGUCUUUUUUUCAUUUAUUCUUCUCUAAAGACCCAUACCAUAACGAAGCCUUAUGAUGUUAGCCUGAUAAAUACAACUAUCUGUUGCCAAAUUCCUCCUCCUAGCUAGCUAUGAGUAUGGGUUGUACUUGUCUAAAAUAAGCACCUCUUGAGAGUUGAGCCACCGCUGCUACCUAAUCCCUGGAAUCCAAGUUGAUCAUUGUUGCAAUUUGAACUCUGUAUGCAGAGCUAAGAAUUGAAGGGUAGACUUUGUGUCGGAACUUUCCAUGCUUGAACGGCUGCUAUCAGGAUGGCAGUCUUUUCCUUAAACCAAGAGACAUACAGAAUAUAUAUUUUUAUCUAAGCCCUGUUUAAAAAUAUGCAAAUAUUAUGUGAUUAUCUCUCUCAUAAAACUGUUUAAGAAUUAUAUUUAAAGAAAACAAUACAUGAACCUUUAGUGUUGAUGAAAUGAACCAUAGGAAUGUGCUGAUAAGGAUGCUGAAUGCGAAUUGUUCUUUUGUAAAACACUGAGUGUUUCAGGAAAUAGACAAAUAAUGCGAUUUACUCUUUCUGGUGAAUUUGUUUUCAUUUAGCCCAAAGAUGCUGUUCUCUCCCCAGCACUUAGAUCAUAGUGUUUACCUUGUAACUGCCUUUCUGAAGCAAAUUUAGAAAAUACUGCAAAAGAAAAUGACUAAUCUGGGGUAUGAAAUAUACUAUAGAUUUAUAAUGGGGGAAAUCAAAGUAUAUUGAAAUAAGAUUUUCACAUUUCUUUUGCCAAAAUGUAAAAAGUGUAUACACUAACUGUUUUGACCAAAAUAUAGAAAUGCACAAAGCCUUCAACGUUUUCUAUGUGCUAAAACAACUAUUCUGGGGUUACUCUUUCAUUUUAGAAGUGUAGAAAAGUAUGUAAACUAGAUAAGAGACUGGUUACUCAAAUGCAAAUAAUAUACUUUUUGCUAUAAUAUUGGGGGGUGGGAACAGUGUCAAUACAAUGCUAAUUGUAAAAAAAAAAAUAUGUCUGGGAAUGGAUGCUGUAAAUAAAACAAAAAUGAAGGGCUUGUAUAAUGAAUUUUGUAAUAUUCUCAGGACGCAUACUUUAACAUUUUAAUUUUAAUAUUUUGUAACAUUUUAUAUGAUUUUAAAUGUAUUUUUUUGCAGAUUUCUGUGCAAGGAGCAGAGGGGUGGUUUCUAAGCACUUAGCCUGCAUUUAAAUUUGUGCAAUAACAUAUAUGCUACUAUUGCGGAGAAGAAAUGCACAGUGGCAUUUCAAAGAACUAGCACAGUUGUUUGAUACAUUGAAUUUUAAUCAUUUUUCCUCUGAAAUUCCCAUGAAUCAAUUGAUGUUUUAAGACACAAUGAUCAGGCCAUGGGGUGACUUGGUGACAAUAGCUCUAUCAUGUGCCAUGAAGCAGUCACAUGACUGGAAGGCAUGCCUUUUAAUACCCUGCUUGUGAAGGAAGUAGCACCAGCAAAUAAGUGCUUGGAGUGGCCUGUAGAGUGGCCUAUGUCCCUUGUGGGGCUUCUAUUACAGUCAUCAACAAGGAUGAUACAUGCUAGGGUUAUGGAAAGUUAUGCUUAUGUUGGACAGAAAGCCUGCAGAACUUUGGAGCAGAUCAUGAGUUUGAGUGCUGUGACGAUUAUAUUUCAUGUAUGUAUUAAAGCAUUUCCUCUUUAAACACUGUCGCCCUUCACAUUUUAAUUCAAAAGACAAAUAUGGGGAAAUGAUUUCAACGUUAAAGAGACAAACCCUAAUUUUCCAGUUUCUGAGUUUUAUAUUUGAAUCACAAAGGCAGCCAAGCAUACUGAAAAUUUACAGUUCAGGGUACCAGCAGUUCAGACUUUUUAAAAAAAUAAAAAAUAAAUUUAAGAUGGAAAUUUAUAUUUUGAGAAGUACUAUUAUUUUUCAGUAAACCUUUUGACAAGUUGCACUUUAAGUAUGCCAAUAUUCCAAUAUUGUGUACAGUUCUGCACUUCUACAAGGAAAAUGGGUGAAUGAGUGUGUUUGUGAAGAAUACUCUUCAGCUAAUAACUCAAAUUUUGUAAUAUUGUCAUGUAUUUAGUACCCACCCAUAAUGCCUAAAUAAAAAGUCGUGUAGAGAAUCAUUGUUCC